GCCUCGGCAACCUUUCCUCCGCUACGCCGCUCGCGUAGGGCAAGCUGCGGCGCCGCAUCGGGCGGCGAAAAUUGCGUAGCGCGCGCGGGCGCAGGAGGAGGAGGAGGAGGAGGAGGAGAAAGCCGGUUUCGGCGCAGCGCGGGGAGGUCGGCGCCCGGCGUAAGAGGCUUUGGUGAAUGGCCGUAAGAGCGCGUGAGGCCGCAGCGGCGGCAGUAGUAAAGUAGUAAAAGCUUGCAAGCCCAAGCCAAGCUCACCCGCAGGAGGAGCAGCAGCAGCAGCAGCAGCACUGCGGAGUGGGAGGAGGAGGCGGCACCCCGCGCGCGCGCCGGCGGUUUUUGGUACCGAGCGGAGAGAGGGAGAUGCACACGGCACACUCGAGCUGAGGUAGCUAUAAAAACCCCGUUGGUUCGCGUUCCCUCCCCCAUAAAGGCCGGCCGGCUCUGAGGCGGCGGUGGCGGUGACAUGGCGAGAGUAGCGAGGGGGGGUAGCUGGGAUCCGCAGCGCGGCGGGGCAGGCCCCUCGCCAGCCUGUGGAGAAAAAUGAGGCGGGGUUGGUUUGCCGUUUCCCGCCGUCGCCUCGCUGCCUCCCCCCCCCCAACACUGUUGCUAAGGGGGCUUGGUGGGCGUCGGAAGGAAACUAGGAUAACGUGUGAGGGGAUUGUGUUGGCCGGGGGGGGGGUUCUUUUCCACACAGCCUGCCACCCCCUUCUCAUCCUUCCCCUCAGGUGAAGCGGGGUGGGGUGGGGGGCUCGCAAUGGCGGGGGGGGGGGAGAGACGAAGCGCCCGUUGGGCCUCUUUGUUGCUGCUGCUGCUUCUUGUAAGCUGCCUCCUCAGGUGUGGCUGAGGAGAAGGCGAAGCAGACAAAAGGCUCUUGCUCCCAAGGCGGCGGUGGUUCUCCGAUUCGGAGACCGGCGUUGGCGGCUCGCCCUUCUCUUCCCCCUGCUUUCCUUUGAGGGGAUGGCGGGGAGGAGAGGGCGCCGCCAGCAUCGGUGGGCCUCGUGGCGGCGGCGGCGCCCGCCCCUCUUUUCUCCAUCCCAUGCUCCAGCUGCAGGGCUUAAGCGAUCGGGCCUGGCCCACGUGUUGGUGGUGGGUGCACGGUGCAAGGCCCACGGGUGCUGCUGCUGCUGCUGCCGCCCUCUUUUGUUCUCGGGGCUCAUGGUAGGUAAUCUCUUUGGCCCACCCCACUGAAAGGUUGGCAAAGCACUGGGGAAAAGGAAAAGAAAAAACAAACAGCAGCCCACUGUGGCUGCCCAUGGUUUCUUUGCCCUGAAGGUCUUCUAAGUUGCUGUGUUUGGGUUCUCUGCAGCAUGCGCCUCGCACCUUAGUGUGACAGUAUCUUUGGUGUUGGGAUGCCUGCCAUGCGAAAUGUUAAAGGUGGGGGAACUUUAAAAAAAACACCUUGUGCACCCUUUGUUUCUCUUCUCCGAGGUGUGGAGGUUUGAACCCUUCUCAAUAAACGAUCAAGCUGCUGUUUUGCUUCUGGCUGUGGUCUCUUGCUUGACCUGACCAAUCGGGAAUGGGUGGACCCAACGAAGUUGGGAAAUGCAACAUACCCCCAAGAAUUUGUCUUUACCAGAUUUCAAGGGCGAUGGCUUGCUUUCCCAUCCCAUGAAGUUGUUGCAUGUCUUGCGCCCCAAUUUUUCUUUCAAAAAAAGUCUUAACAAAACCACACUGAAAUAAAUCGCCAUAAGGGUAUUGCUAAACCACAACAGCACUGAUUGGGAAGAAAGAACUUGGUGGUAGAAAAUGAGCCUCAGUAGUUUUUAUUAUUAUUUGAAUUUAUAUACUGCCCUACACCUGGAGGUCUCAGGGCGGUUCACAGAACAAAAUAUAAAACCACAAAAUAUGGUGCCCUAACCUGGAUGUGAUGAAAAGACUAGUGCUAAAAAGGACAACUGGUUCCAGUCCCGCUCUAGUAGUGUGUUUAACGUGUGGUUAGUUGCACGAGAAUCCUGAUUCAAAUAAUGCAGUGCAAAUAGGCUAACUUCAUUUGAGUGCAUGUUUGUUCCCAAUCCCAGCAAGGGUAGCUGCUUCUCCUUGCGUGAAUUGUGGCAUCUGUGAUCAAGUUGCUGCAGAUGGAAGGUAGGCUGUGGCUUGUUUUGGUAGAGCAAAAUAUUGCAAUGACAUAACAGGACUGUGGUGUUCAGGGAUGCAGCUGACAUCUUUUUAAUAAACUUAACAAAAGUGGCAUACCAACGGUGGCACUUUUCUAAAAAGUGACAAUACAAUACAAUUGAUUGUGUAUACCAACAUGUGCUGUUAAAAACAAAACUCCCCUUGUCAGUACAGCAGCUGCUUGUAUGUGUGUGAUUUUGAACUAUUAAUAUAGGGAAGAAAUUUAAGUAGAUCUUUAAAAAAGUAUAAAGUGGGGUGUCUUUGUCAAGUCCUGCAAUGCUGGAUCCGUUUGAUGCUGCUAAUAUUGCACUUGGCAGCAAAAAAGGACAAAAUAUCCUCUAUGAUUUGUUAAAUGUACCAGUCAGGGUCAGGAAGAGUUUUUAAUAGGUUGCUUUCUGCCUUCUGUAACAAGGCCUUUUUAGAAAUUAGUCCAGACUUGGUUUUCAGAAUUGAGCUACAGAUUACGUAUUCUAGAUUGUAGGUGGAUUGUAGCAUAAAUCUUACUAGACAAGUAAUAUUUGAUGUACUAAUGAAUAUUGAUUUGGAGGGGGAGGGAAUGUGAAGUGGAAGUUAACAUGCUAGUACAAACUGUUCUAAUCCCAAAGUAUACACUGCUUGAUCCUGUGAGUUCUUAGAAGUAAAUCUUAAUGUAAGUUUUCAUUAGAUUGUCGGCUAAUUGGGCCUUUUCCAGAUAAGUGUAGGAUUGCAUCCUAAAUCGCCCUGUCAUUGAACACAGUGAGUUACUUCUAGGUAACCCUGAGUAGGAGCAGGCUGCAUAACAUUGUACUAAAGAGAUUUCUGUAACAGCUUCAGCAAGCUGUUUGUUUAAUAAAAGCACAUUAACAAACAAAUGUGAUUUGUGGGCAGUGUUCUACCAUCUGGGCAUCUGCUGUUCCUUCUUUUUUCAUAAUUGUUUUUCCCAAAUAAAAAGUUUAAUUGUGCCUCUGUGUACAGAGUUUAAUCUUGACAUUUUAUGAUGUAGGUCUUCGGACAGACAGUGUUACUACGCUGGACAUGAAAGAAUAGGUUGAACUGGCUCGGGAAAUUUGCAUACACCUCUGUACUGCAUAUUGAUUUUUCAUGGUGCAGGAGGGCACAUACAUCUCCCAAAGCAGCUUUGCACAUUUUGUAGACUUCUAUUUUUAGGGAGUUUGGCAAUAGUUGCCCAUUUCCUGCCCUUCUUGCCUAACCUCCUUGCCCUUCAUUCCUACCAUUGCCUUUCUCACUGAUAAGGUGUUGAGCACUUGGUUUGUUCCCUCUGCCUCAGAGCACGUUGUCCUGACUAUUAUGGCUAAAAGAUGAGGACCCAGAACACAUAUGCAGUACUGAUAAUGAGUGUACUUUGGCUAAGCUUCUAUUCCACAAAGGGUUCCUGGCUCUUUGCCACUAGAAAAAUGAUAUAGAGAAAUGCACACAUAGUUCAGGUUCUUGCAUAAGUUACAGUACGGGUGUGGAACUGAACCAGUGAACCAGUUCCUAGAGCCCGCUACCUACCAGCCACAGUGGGCCAUUUUGAAUGGCGGAUGGAGUGUGUCAUCCUGCUGAUUGCUAUGUCAUCAGGUGGCCAAUUUUUGCUGGGCUUGAAGUUAACCACCAGUCUGCUGAAAAGUGUUGCUUUGAAGCUCUGCUUUCUGCUGGGAUAAGCUGUGCUGCAGUGUUGCUCCUGGGAAACUCACUCUAACUGCCAAUCACUUGACUGCCUCCUGUACCCAGGGCUCAGCUGGUGAAUAUAUUUUGAGGCUCCCAAUUAUGCACUGAUGGCCACAUCCCUACCUGCCCUUUAUACCUAACAGUCACAUAAGACAUCAGGUGUGGACAGGUGGUCAUGGUUUUGGGAAAUGGUCUCAUGGGCCAAAUGGCCUCACUCCUGAGAUGUAGGGAAAGCUUAGGUUCAGGUUGCUUGCUACUUUGGUACUGAACCGCAGACCAUUAUUACUCUUACUAGGUGAGAAGGUAAGUAUUGAAUCGCAAGCCAGGUUAUAGAACAGCUAUCUGAGGCACUUACAGGCUUACUAUUUUCAGCUGGGAUUCAGUCCCAUACCAGCAGGUUCUGGUUGUACAAUAAAAGUUGAAUUUGAAGCUCUUGAGCAACAAAGUGGACUUGUUGUGAUAAGGAAAGUGAUGGGGAAAUAUGCUGGAAGUGGGGAAUAACAUUUGACACAAUGUCAUGUAACCUCCCUGCAAAAAAAGUCAGGAUGAGUGCUUAAUAAACUGUUCUGGAAGCUACCCAGUGUCUGCAUAUAUCGGAAAAGUAUAUUAAAGAUGGGGAAAUGCUUUAUGUAAAAUGCUAACCACAGUUCUAAGGAUCCAUACCAUUCUGUGUUUCAGAUUUGUUAAUCCUAAAACCAAAGUGGGCGAAAUUAACCAUUUACUUGUACUGUUCCUAAUAGCAAGUUUCGUGGCUACUGAUUUAGAUAAUCAGCAAGUCUUCAUUUAUAAUGCAGAAACUUCUGCCUAGAUGGCACAGGACCUCUUUGUUUAUGGAGCUGUAAAGCACCAUGUACAUUGAUGAUGUUCAUAAAAAAUAAUGGUGCUCUUAUUAUGGCAACAAAGCAGUCAUAUGGAUUAAAAAGGGGUGGGCCUGAGAUCCAAAUACUAUGGGUCUGGGUUAUAUCUGUAUUCUGGAGAACCGAGGCCCCUUCUUCCACAGCACUUGCAAUCCUCAUAAAAUCAAAGGACAUCCUAAAACACUUUAAAAUCAAACACAAGGACCUGCAAUUAUAAUGAGAAAUUCGGAGAAUGUGGUACAUGCAUGAAAGCUGUUGGGCAUAUGCAUAGAACUUUGGAUUCCAGCCGCUGUACAUAAGUAAAUGGCUGUGUCACGGGCCUACAUUACAGCUAUGUCUUAAGUCAGUUACAGUGGUACCUCGGGUUACAUACGCUUCAGGUUACAGACUCCGCUAACCCAGAAAUAGUACCUCGGGUUAAGAACUUUGCUUCAGGAUGAGAACAGAAAUCGUGCUCCGGCGGCACGGCAGCAGCAGGAGGCCCCAUUAGCUAAAGUGGUGCUUCAGGUUAAGAACAGUUUCAGGUUAAGAACAGACCUCCGGAACGAAUUAAGUACUUAACCCAAGGUACCACUGUCUUUGGAACUGCUUGUUGAUUUCUAUGGAGUAUGAUUCCAUAAAGAUUGGAAUAUUGCAACUCAGCCUUCCCACAACAUUUAUUGAACAGAAAAUUAACUUGAUUUCCCCAACUUUGCCUGAAAGCAGGAAUCUAAUUACAGUGUGCAUAGACAGUGUAUUAAAGCAAAUUUAAAUAUGUAAGAAAAAAAUUUGUCAAAGUCAAGCUGCUUCUACAUGAAAAUUUGAAAAUACUGCACUCCGAGGUUCAAAGCCAAUUCAUACAGCUGUACAGAUGAAAAAGUGUUCUAAUCCUGCAGUUGCAAAAAUAGACUUGGAAGGUGUGGGUGUGCACGUGCACACGCAAUGGUUGAUUCUACCAAAAAAAAUAAUUUGUAUACAGUUCUGAUUUCAGAUUCCUGACCCCAUCCCCAUGUCUGGAGCACAAAAUAAAUGGAAAAGCAUUGGUCUGUUAAUACAGUGCAACUUCAUUCAGCUUUCAAAAGUUAAUGAGCUAUUUCAGAGCAUUUGAACCAAAGCCCUUUGGAGCUCUGAUGAUUUUUUGAAAUUAAACCAUGAUGCAUAAAAUAACAACUUUUAUAAACAUGUUUGGAAGGAUAAAGUUUCUAUUUGAUAUUCAACUAGACCAUACUCCAAGUAGACCCAUUUAAAUCGAUGGACUUCUGAGUACAACUUGGAUUUCACCUUCUGUUUGUUUUAACAUUGUAAUGAAUCAUUAACAAAAAGAAAACAGAGCUGAUGGGGAUUAUUGUUUUGUUAUUAAGUUUUCAUUCUGCCCUUCUUCCUAAAGGAGCCCAGGGAUGACUUGAUCCCAUUUUAUCUUAUGUAUCUUGUUUCCAAAUUUAUUUAUAAUAAAAAAAGCUAACAAAAAGAAAAAAGCAAGACAUGGACAUACACUCUCUGCACCCCCACUUGUUUCACUCCUCCCACUAGUGCUGGGGGGUGGGGACAACUUUUUUUGUUUUAGCAUCAGGAAUUGUGGUUUAUUUCACUACCACCACUUUAAAAAAAAAAAAAAGCCACAAUGAGUUAAGCCAAAAGAACUUAACUACAGAUCAUGGCUUGUUUUGAGUGAAACAAAUUAUAAUUCGCUCUGGUUCAAGCAUAACACUUAAGUUGGGGUAUCAUGGUUGGUUUUUCUCCAGUGCUAACAGGAAGGAAGCAGGAAUGAUCAGGAAUUGAAAACCUAUUCAUUAUGAUUUACCACAGGUACUCUAAUGCAGCUAGUGUGUGAGGACAGAAACAUGAUGUCGAUUUGGAAAUGAUCAGACAUCUAGAUGAAAUUCAUGUAUGUAUGAUGGAUAAUAGGACUUCUGAUGUGGAGCAAUGACUCGCUUGUAUGAAAUGGCCAUUGUUCUUUAACAUCUGCUUGCCUUAAGCACAGUGCUAUUCAGUGGCAGGAGUACACAUGUUCAGCUUGAAUUGGAGUGAUGUGCAUGCAUGUUUCAAUCAGUCAUAAUGCAUCUUAAGCUAAGCAAGAAUUCAUGACAUGUGAAUAAUUAAAUUAGUUAAUAAGUUGUUUUGCCCCACCAAUCUGGCUUACUGCAGUUCCUUAAUGUCUACCUGUAAGGGAAUACCCACUGAGUUCAGUGGGACUCAACUCCCAGCUGAGUGCAUAGGAUUUCAGCCUUAGGUUGCUGAUGUCAGUCUAAUUUUAACACAGUUGUGUCUCUUUGUUAUGUCUGCUGACAUUCCUGCUACGUUAUGUCUGUACCCAUACUAAACGUGCAAGCAAAAUGAUAUGCUACCUUCUGUCUGUAUUUUUUUUUUUAAAUGGAAUUGAGGCGGGCUCAGCUUUAGUUGCUAUAAAUGUGCAAUUGAAUUGGAAGAAACUGAAAUGAUGAGCCUUUAGAAUACAUAUUUAAUGGUACAGUGGUACCUCGGGUUAAGAACUUAAUUCGUUCCGGAGGUCUGUUCUUAACCUGAAACUGUUCUUAACCUCAAGCACCACUUUAGCUAAUGGGGCCUUCUGCUGCCGCCGCUCCGCCGGAGCACCAUUUCUGUUCUCAUCCUGAAGCAAAGUUCUUAACCCGAGGUACUAUUUCUGGGUUAGCGGAGUCUGUAACCUGAAGCAUAUGUAACCCGAGGUACCACUGUAUUUGAGUAUCAUCCCAUUUCCUGAAAACUCACAUUGGUUUUUCUUCUUAGAAGCCGAGCCCUUCUAAUGCAAAUACUAUCAUCUUUUAAAAGCCUCGAGACUGUUGAUGCCCUUCAGCACUGAAUAUGGUGGUUGUGAUCACAUCUAUUUAAGGAGUGCUUGGGAAUCUCCGCUGUCCCGAGAUUCCUAGUAGCAGAUGCCUGUGGCACGCACAAAUCAAUGACAUGCUUUUAUAAGGUUUUGUGUAUGUGUGUUUUCCAAGUAGUUUGUUAGUUCACACAAGCAAGCCCUGCUUGGAACAGGGCUGGCAAAGGCUAUGGCAAAAAUACCUUGGGCUCGCAGCCGACGUCUCUGAAAUACAGAUGCCUUGUCUAUUAUUGAAUAUGCUCCUAUAGAAACAAGUAUAUGUUGCUGUUAUCUGCUACUACACUACAUGUGCGUGUGGCCAUUGUUUUAAGAUCCGGCGCUGGCCUAGAUGUUGUUGGAUCACAACUCCCAUCAGCCCUGCCAGCAUGACCAAUAGUCAGGGAUGAUGGGAUUUGUAGUCCAUCAUAAUCUGGUAGAUACCAGGUUGCGGUAGGCUGUUUUAAAGACACAUCUUUAUAAACAGUAGCCAUCUAGAAAACCUACCAAGUUUAUUUUUAACAUACUUGUAUUCAGAUUUUUAGUCAAGCUGCAUUAAACAUAAAAAUUUGUUUAUGAAAAUUGAAUGUUUAAAAAUUAUAUUGAAAGAUUAUUGACUUGAAGAGGAAGGAAGGUGAGGAUAAAGUAAUGUUAGUAGGAUGGUGAAAAUUGGAGAUUAGAAAGGAUGAGCAGGUGUCCAGUAUAAAUUUCUGUAAUUGCAAUCUUCCCCAUAAUUGCUAAAUAUUAACAAGCUUGGGCUCCCUAGAAAAUUCAAAUUCUGCAUGAAGUUAUUAAAUCUCACAUACUGAAAAUCCCAGAGGAUAUCCAGAACUUGCAAUGAAAUCCUGGGUGGUAUUAGCUCUGGAGAUGGGGGAAAAUGAGCACUCAGCCAUGAAGCUCAUCUCGCUACUUCUAAGCAUACAGCUUUUGGGGGCGAAAUAUAUCCACUUACGCUAUCUUCAGGCAAAGACAAGCUAUAAAACAUAAAGGCUUGCCUCCCUGGAUGCAAUUAUGGGGAUGUAAGUGAACAUUCAUAAUUUUUAUCUCGUUUUCUGCUAUGUCAUACAUCAAAUAUUCAACUUUGUAUUUUGGAUCUUAGCGCGAAGAGGUGGAAUGCAGCAAGCUAAGGCAUUCAGGACUAUAAUUGUCCUGUGUUAAGCAGUAUUUUAGGUAAUUACACAUUCCAACGUCUUUUAAGAAUUUGUGGGAUGCUAUGCCAGUUUCUCAUUGAAAUGUGUAAUUUAAACGUAUCUUAUAAGGCGGUGGGCUUGAAUCAAAGAAGGAAAAACUUGGGCCCAAAGUUAUCCUGUCCUUUUUUCAUUUAAGAUAAAUCAGAGUAUAUUCGACUCCCAUAUAUAGCAUUAUUAACUAGGAAAUAUACUUGAUCCUAACUUUGGAUUUUUAAAAUCUCGAUUCUGCAGUGGAUAUGAUGCUUUGACUUUGUUAAUCUUGGAACAGGAAUGGGGCACAGGACACAGCCUUAUAUAUGCCAUUUUGGUUACAUUUCAGUCAGCGUUAGAAACCGAGAUAUAAAAGCUACUUUUGCCAUAUGGCCCCUUAAACCCAGGUUUCAGACGCACUAACAGAAUGUUUAGGCACUUAAAAACACCAACAAAUUACAAAGCUGAAAAUGAAUUGUGUAUAUUGUCAGCUCUAAGUAAAAUCUGACUUGCGCCAUAGCAAGGCAGCAAAUAAAUAAAUAAAUGCUGUUGUGUGCCAGCCAACCAGAUGGUGGAGAUGUCAGGCCCCAUCCUGGUCCCCAGGCAUCUUCACUUGGCCAAUAGCUAGGUGCAAAAUGCACCUGGCAUUUGAACACUGAUUUCAGUGUAACUGAGACAUGGGACCUAGGGCUAGGCUAGGCUGUGUAGAUAGGAGAGGGCUUGAUUCUCUCUUUUUUUGUAUACAAUUGGUAUUAAGGUUUCUGUUUUACAAUUUAAGAUACUCAUUUUGCAUCCUUAAGAUGUCUGUGACUUCCCUUCUUUUUCCAUGGUUCAUUUUGCAAUAUAUUGCCAGGUCAAAAGUUAUGAUAUCACAAUAUGGAUUUCAAAGCAGUUUGGGGUGAUACAUCAAUAUAUCACCCAGCCCUAGCCUAGACAUACCAAUGUGGUGACCUAGGGUAAGGUGCCAUUUGGCGAUUCGCUUAUAUAGCAAGAGUUUCUAACCCUGAUUUUGGAACAUUAAUGCCCAUAACUUACUGGGUGGGAUACAGCAUUAUGCUGAGUUGAUAGUUGACUUCCGCUAGGGCGGUGGUCUGCAACCCGCGGCUCCGGAGCCGCAUGUGGCUCUUUUACACCUUUGCCGCGGCUCCGGGGCGGAUACUAGCGAGGGGAGGAGGCGCAUUGUGUGCCCCAACACUCCCCACUGUUUUAAAUGUCGCAAUGGUUUUGCGGCUCCCAGUUUUUUUUUCUUCAGUCCAAGUGGCUCUUUUUGUCUUAAAGGUUGUAGACCCCUGCGCUAGGGCAACAGUUUAGUUGAAUCCGGCCAGUCGUAUAAAAUACAUGUUCAAUGAAUUAUACUCUUUAAUCAUAGAAGUGUGAAGUUACAUGAGUUCAUUGGUUUGUGUGUGGUGACUUCAGGCAAAAAACCCUUCUCUAAGCACAUGAUAUGUUUGAAUAAUACUGAGAAGAAUUUGUGAAGGGGUUCGCAUUGUUAAGAAUUAAAGUGGACAAAUGCUCUUAGUGGGAUGAGUUGAGGGGAAAGGAUAGAUAAGUGCAUUGAUUUAUUCAAAUGGCUGCAUAUUCUGUGCAGAAUUCGCGUUAGAACUUUUUGCGAAAAACCGUGAGUAAAACAUUUCAAAAUGUAACAAAACUAAACUGUAUUUAGUUUACUUAUGGACAAACGUAAACAUGUUGCUUUUUCAAGAGGAUAAUAUUGUGGUACAUGUAAUGCUAAUACACAGAAAUGUGGUUUUUCUUAUUUAAAAGUUGUAAUAGUCUAAUUAGGUAAUGGAUGUGAUCAGAAUGCGGUAAAUACAGAAUGUGUUAAUAGAAAUAUCCUUUUAAAUUAUAUUAAAAUAAUUCAAUUGGGAAGUGAAAACAGGAUUUGCUCUGUUUAUUUCUGUUUUUGUUUAUUUCUGUUUUACUACUUUAUCUGCUCACUACUACCAGUUUUAAAAGGAGUUUUAAAAUGUAGACAUAGAGAUGGAGUAACACAUAACAAAGUAUAAUUUAUCUUUGAUCUAAUAAAGUUUUCAAAUCCAUACACAAGAAUGCAGAUUUACAAAAUGUAUUGGGUUUCAAGAGACACUGCUACUUAUAAAAAAGGCCAUCCUCUGUAAUACAACAAUUUUAAAAUAUAUUUGUAUAAGUUUAAGACAGGGUAGAUAGAGUUAAGAUUAUACGGAUUACAAUACUAUAUAUGUCUACUAAGUCCCACUAAGUUCACUGGGCUUACUCCCAGGUAAGUGGGUACAGGAUUGCAGCCUUAAAUCAGCAGGUGGGGAUAGUGGGAAUAACGUUUAUAACAAGUUUCCCGUAGUGUAGUCCAUGCAUUUCUGGAGCAAAAGUGCAUACUGUUCUGUUGCUAUGACAAUUAAAGCAAGUUGGUUUGCAACCAAAUGCAGGAAUUAUACUAUCUAGCAACACAAUCGAUAUCUCUGGUUGUGCAUCCCAAAUGCCUUUUUCACUACACCAUUGCAUCCACUUAGAGACUUUUUGUAUCAGCCUAUAAUUUCAUGCACUUGAAGGUCAGAUACUGUUUUUUGUUUGCAUGGAGAAUUAGGCUUUCAUUGAGUGGGUUUGUGAGCUUAUUUACAUGACUGCCUUGCAGUUUUCAACCAGUAUGCCAUGGUACCCUGGAGUGCCUUCAGUGAUGGUCCGGGUGCUGCAGGCAACACUGGCCUCUGUCCCUCUUUCCUUCCCUCCUCCUCUGAUGCCCUCUCACGUCUCUGCCUCCCAAAGGCUUGUUGUAGCAGCCCUGGCUACAAGCUCCCCAGGCGAAUGGUGCCUCUGGGGCUGGCCAGGGGGUGCUUCCCAGGCCCCUGUGGGUCAGUGUCUCUUUGGCGCCUCUCUUGGGGGCAGAGGGGCAGCUCAGAGACCAGGGGCGGCAGCUGCGGCUGCCCAGAGGACUCCCAAGGAGAGGGGAGAAGAGGAGGUUGAGGGAAUACUCCACAAGGGGAGGGUGUUUGAAAAGAGGCGAGGGGCUUCCAGCUUUGCAGGCAAGGGGUGGGAUAACCAAGCUGAGUCCCGCAGGGGUGCUGCAGAAAAAAGGUAGUUGGUCAAGGGAGCCGUGGACCCCAAAAAGGUUGAAAACCUCUGCCUUACUUUCUUUUCUUUUUUUGCACUGUCAGAAAAUGCCAUUUCUGCACGCAAAGCGGCCUUCCUCUCCUGAACAGACAAAUCUGUGUCCAUCCCAGUGUGUUUGAUUGAGAUUCAUGAGUUCAGUUUUAUGAGAGAAGUGUAGAAUUUAAUAUGUUUAUACAAAACCAGGAUUCACACCAUUGUUAAAAAGCAACAUAUAAUGGAACAGCUCUUUAAAACUCCCAAUUUUAGCUUUUAAAAGUGCACCAUUUUUCAUCCACUCUAGUUUGCAACAUCCAUCCAGGAUUUUGUAUGCAUUAUAAAUCUUCAGAGCACUCUCAUAUUAAUACCAAAAUACAUCAAAUCUUUUAUUUUUGCUCUGGUCAAAUCUUCUGAAUUCAUUAUUACGGGCUGUUCUGUAAUCUCUACCCAUUAUCUUUUGAUUCCAGUCAAACCAUCGUUUCUUUUAAAUCUUAAAAGUUUGAAGCUAAUUAGCAGCAUUAACCAAACUAAAGUGUUGUUGUUUUUUACUGUUUAAUAUGUUGACCAGUUUAAAAUAUGCUCUUCCAUUUCAGCUGGCAGUUUGUAUUGGGUCCAUUAUUUAGUUAAUUAUUAUUCUUUGAGUAAAAUAAUUUCUAUACUGCCUUUCAAGAAUAAAAUUCCACCCAAGGCAGUUCACAUAAAAUAGAAUAGAGAACGCCAUAUUAUUAAAAUUAGCAAUCCAACAUCAUUCCAGGGAUAGUUCAGUCAGUAGACUGUGGGUUCAAGUCCCACACUGGACAAAAGAUUCCUGCAUUGCAGGGGGUUUGACUAGAUUACCCUCGUGGUCCCUUCCACAAUUUUAUGAUUCUAUGGAAAAUACAGCCUAAUGCAGUCACCAAGACCAGGGUCGUAUAGUCAGGUCAGAUCCCCAGGAACAGUUAGUUCCUGCAAGACAAAGUAAAAAAAAGGUUAUUUUAUCCCAGCUGGUUAUGACAUAGCAUUCCCUAUAUGAAUGAAUGAAUAAGACAUGUUGAAUGUGUAAACAGAAACAUUAGUAAUUGGAUCUGACUCAUUAAUGGGACUUCCUCAUCUUGAGAAGAUAAAUGACAAACGUCUUUGGAAAUUCUCCAGCCACCUUGCCAUGCAACAUCUCUCCCCCCCCCCCCAACAUAUUUGAUGCGGGGAAACCUAGUCCUCUUAAGCUUAUAGAAUUAGCUCCAACAGUUCUUUGGGUCCUGGCCUAUAUUCCCCUUGUGGAACAGCAACUGUAAGUCUUUCAGAGUUGAUGACCCUCCUGUAAAAGAGAGAGAGAGAGAAGCUCACAAAGAGCUCCUGAUCUUGUGUUGUUUUCAGUGCAGCUUCAGCUUUCCAUGUACUACUUUAACCUGUAAACACAAAAGAGGUUGGCACGAGUUCAGGCUUUGCUGUUUUAGUGAAAGCGUAUUGGAACAGAACCUUUCGUGUUAUGAGGAAUGCUGUUGCGUUUACGCUCGCAUCUCAUGCAGAUGUUUACUUGCAAGCAAAUACCGCUGAGGUCAGUGAGACUUGCUUCCCAAGUUCCCUUUUCUCCUAUCUCUGCUUUUACAGUAAGGAACCGACCAAGAAACUUCUAAGCGCUGCUUCUGUUUAGCAAGGAUAUAAUCUGAUUUGAGGUCAAGAAGGGAGGUUCUGGAAUGUCAUUGCCAUUAAAUUGGCCCCUUGUACCCGAGCUGGUUUUGUGAUGGUGUUUUCAUGGGCCUGACUCUGCUUCUUAUAAGAGUCUUAAUGUGCUUAAAUGUGUGUUGAGAGACUUUUAGGAAGUGCAUUUGCUUCAGUAACCAGGUCUAGACAUUGAUAGAGUCAGAAAAGGCAUUGUUUUUAAAAGAAGAACAAAUGCACCCCCAUCUUUCUUGGGAAGACACCAUUAUCCAGUCUCUUCUCUGCCCUAAUAUGAUUGAUGAUAACAGCUCAUUUAGUAAUACAGUGGCACCUUGGUUGUCAAACUCAAUCCGUUCCAGGAGUCUGUUCGACUCCCAGAACCGUUCGGAAAUGAAGGUACUACUGUAUAUUGGUUUGUUCUUUUUUCAGUUUGGAAACCACUUUAAACAAUCAAGUACUGGGCUGUUAACUAAAUAGUUUCUUGGUCUGUUUCUUACAGGGAAAUUAGAAUGGAGGACUCCUUUAAUACAGCAAAAUCAGAUGUAGAUGAACUGGGAAAAGGAAUACAGUACUGUGGACUUUGAGAUGGGGAGUAUGUAAAAAUAACAGUGCAGGGCAUAUUAGAAAUGUUGGUGGUUGUGAUUUAUACCCACAGUUGGAAGACAGCAUGCAAUCUGUUCUUCUGAAGCAGGGGCUACCUAUAAAGAGAAGCUGCUCUGGUGGCUUGGAUUCCUUAAAUGUGCAGAUCAUGCCAGCAGUAGGGACUGGACCCCUUGAAAUGAGAGUGGUGCUAUAAGACUGAUUUAAUUUGAGUGAAACAGGUUUGCAGAGUCACUGUAAUCACACUUCAUGUUCUUUCUGCAUGGAGGAUAUAAUGUAGUUGUCACUCAAUCCUCUGCACCCCCAUAAUAUACGUUCUCUGCAUAAGACUAAAGGUCUGUCUAGGCUCUAGCUCAGGGGUCAGCAAACUUUUUCAGCAGGGGGCCGGUCCACUGUCCCUCAGACCUGGUGGGGGGCCGGACUAUAUGGGGGGACGACGAAUUCCUAUGCCCCACAAAUAACCCAGAGAUGCAUUUUAAAUAAAAGAACACAUUCUACUCAUGUAAAAACACACUGAUUCCCAGACCAUCCGCAGGCUGUAUUUAGAAGGCGCUUGGGCUAGAUCCAGCCCCUGGGCCUUAGUUUGCCUACCCAUGAUCUAGCCUGUCACCCUGUUGGCAAUAAUGGCCAGCAAGAUACCUUUGGGCAGUGUUAGAAACUGGGAUAGGAGUGCUAGGAGCUGUAUGGCUCCUGGGACCUAGGUUGUGGGUGCCAAAACAAAAUAUCUAGGCGCCUUGUUUUUUAUUUUUUUGCUGCCCUGUUACCAGGCCAGGCAGCCCCAUGGCAAAAUAAAUAAAAUAAAACAAAAUUGCUGCCAGGCAAAUCAGGUGGUCUACAGGGUAGCACAGCAGCAAAAGAAGCCCUUGGGAUGCUUACAAGCAUUGCCUGGUGGGGAUGAUUCUUUUGAUGUCUCCAGCAGCUGAGGUACAGAGCCUGUGAACAUGGAGGUUCCACUUCUAGCUGUUAAUGCAUGCUUAAUUCAUAGCUCUGUCUUCCAUAACAGAACUAUUGCACUCAUGUCCUGCUUAUGAACUUGCCAUAGGCAUCUGGUUAGCCACCGUGAGAAUGGAAUACUGGACUAAAUGAUUCAGCAGGGCUGUUCUUAAUCUUCUUAACUUCUGUCCUUAUUUAAAAGCUAUUUAAACUACUGUCCACCACAUCUAUUUUCUGCCAGUGAAUUCAGCAAGUUACUCAUUGAGUGGAGAAGUACUUCCUUCUGUCUGUCCCAACCCUACAACCAAUAAAUUUCACUACCUGACCUUGAGGAUUUGGCCUCAUUUGGAUGUAACUUAUCUCUGCUUAUUAAUCAGGACUUUCUUGUUGCACUGUAAUGAAAUACUUUUUUGAUUAAUUAACCAUGGUUUCCUGUUACAACAGGUUCGAAACAAAUCAGGAUUUCAAACCAAGUUCAUAGUGCACUUCCAGAUCCUAGUUUGUUCCUAUCUUAGUAACCACGGUUUGCCAGUUCAGAGGCAGUAUCGCCCAAAUGUUUGUUAAAAAGAAAACUGAUGAACUUGAAUGUUACUUCAACCAAACCCACAUAUGCAUGCACAUCAAGAGCAUUACAUUGUAUAUAUUUUUAGCAUGAUAACAUCCCCAAAAAACCAUUGUUCUGCACAGGGGUGCAACUACCAGAGACCCUUCUCCCUUCAGGAUAGAUCAGCGGAAGGAAUUGCAGACUCAUGUUGUGUCUGGCUUGCAUUCAUGAGAGUCAGUUUAAGAAUCAUUAUUCCAUAAAAGCCAUAUGUUGUGUUAGAACUGGUUGUUCAGAAUGUUUACAAUAUUACUCACUCCUGGCAAGUUUCCGUUAACUCUCCAUGAAAACCUGCAGCGUCUCCAUAAUUCAUCUUUAUUUUAUUUUAUUUUAAAUAGUUUUUAUUAACCGGCCAAUCAAAUCACAUCACAUCACAUCAAUUCCGAAUUACAAAGCCGAAUUUUAAAUUUUGUUGAGGGGACCCAUAUUUCAAGAUCCGAAGGGGGAUUCUGAUCAUCUUCUUGCUACUGCUUUAAUGUCCAAAUCAGUCCAAACAAAGUUCAUAAUUCUAUCCAGUCUUAUCUUGCUGUUUCCACAUCACAUCUUGUUCAUAUAUUUUCUCUUUUUUCUUUAUGAUCUCUUCUGAUAGUCUCCUUAAGCCGAUAAACACCAAUAAUAAUCCUGUGUGAUUUUCCCCGUUCUUCCAAUCCUCAAAUCGACAUGGUUUCCAUAUAUCAUCGCCUUCAUAGAUAACAUCGCUCUUUCCAUCUUUAAUUACAGAACUGUCGUUCUUAAGUCCCUCUGAGGAGUUUCACCCACAAUAUAAAAACAGCUCUAUUUCUCCUCCCAGACUUAAGUCCUCCGAGAGAACUUCCCAAUAUGGCGACGGCACUUUUAACUGCGUCAUUCCAAAGCCCUUAUACAUUCCACACUCUUCUCAAAACAUGCUUUGGUUCGAAAGUUUAUCUCCACACAGCCUUAAAUCCACAGCUUAAGUCCUUAAAACGACAUUUCUGACUUGUGUGGGGGGGAUUCUUGUUUAAUCACAUAAAGGAAAGGAAAGUUUUUUCCCCCCUCCCCCAUCAGUCCCUUUGCCAUACCGAGUCUUGGCGUAUCUUCUCAUGAUUUAUACUUGUUCCUCCGACUCACCUUGUUUUAUCAGAGAUCUCUUCUGUUAGCAGUCUUUACUCCCCCUCCUUCCUUGAAAUAUGCAUUCGCUUCAUCCAAAUUGUUUAUUUUUAAGUUCUUGCAGCUAGUGGCGCGGAUCAGAGACGGCGUCCAGGAGCGCCGAAAUCCCACAGGAGGGCAUUGUGCCUAGUGCCCCCAUCCCCGCAAAUUCAGGCAAGGGCAGUUGUCGUCCCCCCACAAUCCGGGGGGGGGGGUAGGGAGGCUAUUUACUCCCAUCACAGCCUCCAAAUUACCUCGUGUGGGUCGGAGAGAUGUUAUUGUCAGCCAUCUUCUGAUUCGCCCCUAGUGGCCCCCCUCCAUAAUUCAUCUUUAUUACCUGACAAAACCUUACUUAGCAGACACAGUUUAUAUAACUUGCAACCUGAAGUCAGCAAAGCAUCCCUGGUCUGAUGCACAGAAAAGACCUGUUUCUAAAAUACACAGGGCAAUAACUGAGAGGAAGCAGCUGUCAAAUGAUAGCCAAUGUGCAAACAGUUCGUUGCACUUCCACCCUGAUAGGCUGCUGCUUUUAUGCUGCGCCAAACCAUCCUUUAGUUUGCCAGAAACGUUGAUUUGGUUGCAUAACAAUUUCACUGAGGGCAAAUGAGGUUUAUGGACUGUGGUCUAACUCUGAAUAGUUUUGGUCGACUUCUGAUGUUAGCACGAAACCAAAUUUGAUUGGCUGCACAAUGUCUUCCAAUUUUCUAGGGAUGAAACUAUACAUGCUGCAUUGAGUUCUGUGGUUCUUUUUAGGGAUGGCUUUGCUUUUAUAGAACUGAGUUCUUGGAGGCUGCAAAUUGAAGAGAGGGGAGGGGAGCAUCUUACUUUAUUCCUCCCCCCCCCCCGCCGCCAUUUUCCCACUAAGAAUAGUCACCACCCAUGUCCUUUUAUCUGCAGGGGAAAAGAUGAGGAUGCCUGGAAAUUUUCUGCUGUGAGAUAAAAGUAGCUGGGUGUAGGGGGAGGUUGCCAGAUCAUAGCUAUCAAGUGUCCCUUAUUUGAAGGGACAGUCCCUUAUUCCAGUGCCAUGUCCCGCUGCUGUCCCUUAUUGAUGGAUGUCCCUUAAAUGAUGUCCCUUAAAUUUCAAAGGAAGCAGCUCCUCUCCCUCCCUCCCUGCCGGCCAGGGAGGAGGGAGGCUCCAACUGUGUUGCUUGGCUGUUUUGCUCACCCAAUAAGAAGUCUAAGAACGACUGGGGGGUGGCGCUUGCAUGCCUUGUGUGUGGCUAGUUAAUGCAAGCUGAGGGGUUUUUUGAAUGCUGGAUGCCAUUUUGUUGCACGUGCUGCUGCAAACUUUGCAGUGCAAAGCCAGGCCGGGGAGCCAUCUUAAGUUGAGGCUGCAUAGGCCUUGUGGUGCAUGUGAUUCAGGUUCUAUUCAGUUGAACCUCUGGUUACAAAGUUGGUUGGACAGUGUUCUCGAAGCUACCAGCAUGAGUUUGACCAGACUGCAGGAGGACAGGAAGACUGGAGUGCCUGGAACAGGUGAGGCUGCAGGUCCCUUAUUUUCAAGGCUGCUGGUCCCUUAUUUUCAAAUCUGUAAGUUGACAGCUAUGUGCCAGAUGUUUGCCAAAUGUAGUCCCUUGCAGGUCCGGUGUGCCCUAUUUUAAAUGUUUAUUACAUGGUGUUUUAUUUCUUCUGCUAUGGAUAAGUUUAUGGUUGCAGGUGAAAGCAACUUUUAAGGCUUUGGUGUUGAAUGUGAUCAAGCCAUACCUCUUCCUGUGAGCAUUGAUUCUGGAUGCUAGAAAACGCAGAAGGCAGUCGUAGCGUUCUUAGGCCAAGUCACGAUCACCGCUAACCAGUGUUAGAAACUGAGAUAUAAAAGCUAUUUGGCUAUGGCCCCUUAAACCUAGGUUAUGGACACAGCAACAGAAUGUUUAUGCGCUCCCCCCUUUUUUUACAAGAUUAAAAAAGCUGAAAAUGAUUUGUGUAUAUUGCCAGCACAAAAAAUUCAAAAAGCACAAUGUGGUGGUUUCUCACUUCUUUUUGCUGCUAUUUUGAUUCCCUUGGGUUAUUUCAGGUGUCUUUCAUAGCCUUUUGAAAAAUGGAAGCAGUGAACCAUUCCAAAAUGAAGGUAUCAAAAAUAAAAAGAGCACCCCAAAUCAAUGUAUUUUGAGUACAUUAUUCUGGAGUAACUACCAUUUCCCGAUUCUUUAGUGGCAACUGAAAACAGUUGCACAAGAGAGCAAUACCAUUUUCUAUGACAUUUUAAGUAAGUCACUUUCUUGAAUAAGUUUAGUUUUGGUGUACUGUAGAUUCCUUCUGUCUCCUACCCCCACUGGUACUGCCAUCACACCCUGAGUACAAAAUAACUCCAGCUAAAAUGUUACGUUCAUUUUUCAUAUGGUCUGGUCCUCCUCUGAAGAUUGUAAAAAAAAAGCAAAAGCAAAACCAGGCUCCCCCUGUCUGCCCCCCUAAUAUUCUUAUGUGGGUCCCGUCUUCAGAGAGUGGCUGCCCUUUGGCCUUGCUGUUUCCAAGUGCCUUAAAAGUUCCAGAUGGCAUGGCUUAAAACAAAAACCUAAGGGGUACAGCAAACAAAAAUGUAAUGUGUGAAUAUUCCCUCAUUGCAAGCUUAAAAAAAGAAAGAAAGAAAACUGUGAGGAGAGUAUAAGAAGCAGGUUUGCACUAUGUAGGAAUAGGAGAGGAGUGUGUGUUUGAGCAGGGAAAUCCAGAUGUUACUUCUGUAAGACAGGUGUGGGGACAUUUGGCCCUCCAGAUGUUGCCAAACGACAGCUUGAACUGAACUACAACCUUUGCUGGGGUUGAAGGAAAUUGUAAGUCAGUAACAUCUGGAGAGACCAACGCUCUCCGAACCUGCCUUAAGAUAGGCACUUCUGAAUUCGUGCAGUUGGUUUUUUGCCCACUCACUUAACUAGGAACAAAUCAAGCAGAAUCAGGAAGUUUGCUUGCAUCUUGCUCCUGUAUACUUAGAACGCAGCAUCACCUUUCCCCCCCCAGCAACAGAGAACUGGAGAACGGUGUAUUGCUUUUUAGACAAUGGGAUUGUUGAAAUGUCUGGUACUGGUUCUCAGAAAUGGUGCUGAACGAGAGGUGAAUUUGGUGCAUCAAGUGGUAACCGGGACUUGCGUAACAAGCAUGAUGUCCCCCGAAGAAAAGGUACAAUGUGAAAUUAGGGAUGCAUGACUACAUUUCCAAGCAUGGUCUUAAGUUCGGCCUUAUGUGAUAGUCACAUGAAAGCGAUCAUGAGCUAGCAGAAAGGAUUAGGAUCAUACUUGAGUCAAGGGUAAGAUCUCAACAAGGGGAAUUCUUGCUAAUACUUAAAGCAAUUCAGAUGAGGCAGGCACUUCAUGUUUUCAGGCUUUGCUGAGGACUUAUUGAUGUGUGUGACGGGGGUAGCAGCUCUGGGUGAAGCAGACAAGUCUCUGGCACUAUAACUGAAUGGCUUUACUGGAUCUUCUCUUCAGAGUGCUUGUACAGUUAGUGGAAAUCUACCUGCCAGGCUCCUUAAGUUCCACUUGCUUAGAUUUACUGCUUUGUAUUUCAACAGAAGUCUUGCAUAUCUUGGCCAUGCUAUAGUAGGACCAGGAUCCUUAGUUCCUUCCCGUCUCGCAUGGGCCACUUAGACAGGUGGGCUGUGCUGCCUACCUGUCAAAACAGUGAGUGCAGUAUUUCUCGAACCUGGGUCCCCAGUAGGACUGGGUGAUAACUGUUUUUCAACAUCAUGAUAUAUAUCACCAGCUAAACAUCUUGAUAAGGGAUGCGGGUGGUGCUGUGGUCUAAACCACAGCCUAGGGCUUGCUGCUGAUCAGAAGGUCAGCAGUUCGAAUCCCCGCAACGGGGUGAGCUCCCGUUGCUCUGUCCUAGCUCCUGCCAACCUAGCAGUUGGAAAACACAAGUAGAUAAAUAGGUACCGCUGUGGCGGGAAGGUAAACGGUGUUUCCGUACGCUGCUCUGGUUCACCAGAAGUGGCUUAGUCAUGCUGGCCACAUGACCCGGAAGCUUGUCUGCGGACAAACACCGGCUCCCUCGGCCUAUAGAGCAAGAUGAGCGUGCAACCCCAGAGUCAUCUGCAACUGGACCUAACGGUUAGGGGUACCUUUACCUUUAAACAUCUUGAUGUCUGAAAUAAGGAUGGAGCUUUGUAGAGGCAUGAGCUGGCUUCAUGAUUUUUCCCAGAUUGUGAUUUUUGCACACAUCAUGAUUCACAACAUAUUGCCAGGUCAAAAAUCAUGAAAGCAAUAUCAUGGAUAUGGGCUUCAAACCAGUUUUGGACGAUAUAUCGCCCAGCCCUAGUCCCCAGCUGUCGUUGGACUACAACCCCCAGCAUCCCUAGCUAGCAGGACCAGUGGUCAGGGAUGAUAGGAGUUGUAGUCUGGCAAUAGAGCUGGAGGCCCAAGACUGAGAAGCACUGUCCUAAUGUCACCAUGAUGUCAGUUGACCUAACUUUAAAGCAGGGUGGAUUUCAUGUAAAUCAAAUGCAUUUACUUUCUGCUGCAAGUGGUUCCGGCUGCAAACCCCGUUUUCAGCAGGAGUUGGCUGCUCUCAGGAGCUCCUGAACCAGGACUUGGCAUUUGGUGGCACAUUUAAAAAGGUGCUGAACGCAAGCCCCAUUUACCAGAGAACAGUCAGGUGCACACUUUAAGGCUCUUGAUUGGCCUUUGGCCUCCCCAUACCUGCCAUCAUACAGUACAUGAUUUCAGGUGCUGGGCGCAUGAGUGAGGCUUGGGGGGGGAAAGGCCUCGCAGGUCAAAUUGGGACUCCUUCUGGGCUCGGGGGAGUGGAGGACUCACAUGCCAUGGUGAAUACACCUUUUGUGUUCUCUGUUUUCACCCAUUGACUCAAUAUCCUCUCCCUUUUUGUUGCAUGCCUUGCAGUGGAUGGGGAACCCAGCUGAGACGUAUAGGCAGGGAAGGCAGCAGUGGCAAGAAAAGGAAUACAUGUUCCUCCUUCCCCUGCAGUGAUCUUCCUCUACUCCUUUGUCUCUGGGUGAAAUGUGCUUCAGAAGGAGGAUUUCCACCCAGCCCUGCUAUUUGAUCCUGUACACUCAAGGCAGGUCCAAGUGAUGCUGCUAGUAUGAUAUUUGUCUUAUGCCAUAUUCAGCAAUAGCCCAUUCACAUCAUUCAUGGAAGCUGGGUGGGGAGGUUAAAUAGUUACCCAGACCAAUCCUUACAAGGCAAGAGCCAUUAAAAUGUCCCAGCAGAGCCUGGCAAGCAAGUCUUAGGGCUUACAGGGACCUUCUGUGACGGGAAAACCUGGCGCACAAAGAGGUUUUGAGGUUCUCUCCCGCCCUGCGUGCAUUUAAUUUGUGCAAUUGCUACAGGCCGGCUGCAAGGCGCAUACAGUUAUGAUGGCGCAAGUUAAACACGUGCAAGUUGCGAGUCGUAAUAAAUGCACCAGUUGCUUUAUUUUCUAUAAAAGCAAACAAAAUCCACCAAUACAAUUUAUAGUGUCGUGUAUGAGCAUGUUGUAGACUGGAGCUUAGAGCAGCCAGUUUGUCUGCGGAAGCUGGAGGUUGAAACCUCCACUUCACUGUAUCACUUGCUGCUUUUCAGCUAAUUCAACCUCGCAAGAUUGUUGUGAAGAUACCACAUUGUUUGGAGCUUCUUAGACGAACAGUUGCAUUUAUAAAUCAGUAGAUGGGUGUCAUUAUAGCUGGCACCCUCCUCUGUUCCUCAUGAGCUCCUUGGAAUUUCCUUGUGGCUAAAUUCCUAGGGUCGUCCAAAAGUUAAUAUAUAUUUUUGCAUCCCUUCUUCAAUAUGGAUUUUUUUUUUUUGUCUUCUUAUGUCUAAGAUAACAAAAGAGACGUAACUGGGGGGAAACCAAACAAUUCGCUGUUUGUUCCUGGGGUCUGCCAGAAUGGCAUUAUUUAACACUUUGUACAAAACUUGAACCUUUGAACCUUUUCGUAAAUGAUGCUGUCUUCACUUGAACAAAUUCCAGCUUUUACAUAUUGGCAGCAUGGAAACCUCACUGAGGUUAGUGGAACGUCAUUCUGAGCAUAUAAAAAUGGGAGCAGGUAAGUUGUCGAUGUGCCUUUUGCUGUCUUGAGUUUUGAAGAAGAAGUCCUCUGAAAACAUUCUGUUCAAAGUGCUGAUUGGGAGGGCCUGUUUUCUGUAGUAAGUAUGUACACCUAUGCAGUUUAUGCGUGUUUGAGUGUGAGUGUAAGACAGACUGAGGGAGAGGGAGAGGGAGAAAGUAUAAUUUGCAAGGAUCUUAGUUUUGGAGUAUUGAAAUAAUAAUGCCACUUCAGGGCUCAGAAUUGUGCAGUGUUCUCAUGAACGGGCAUUUAGCAGAAAAGCUAUGACUCACUCUCACUUUUGCUUUCUACUGUAGUCGAAACUGCUUUGAUCCUUAGACCUUUUAAUUAAAUAAAAGGAGAGCUGUGAUUUUCUCCUCCUGUAAUGAGGGUUUUUAUUUGAACCUCCGGUGUGUGUGACAUCAAAGAAAUGGAUGGCUAGCCAAUGUACUAUAAAGAGACUUCAAAUGUUGAUUGCUUUACUAUAGUUAAAGAGCUUUGAUGGCUUAGAGUUUGAACGUACAUUUCCAGUUCACUUUUUAGGAAUGGCUGUAAUAGUCUGUUUUGCCAAAGAAACAAUUAAGAGUCCAGUGGCACCUUAAAAUACUGAAAAAUACACUCUUUUGUGAUACCAGUUUUUAUGGGUUAGAUUCCAGAUACCUUUGACAACAUAGAUGCUAGCCUAGAAAAGCUUAUACCUUAACAGCCUUACACCUUGUAAAAAUCUUCUAAGAAACUCCAAACGUAAAGAUAAUUGCAAGGCUUUCUUGAGAAGUUUUGCCUACUGCAAAUGAAUAGGUGGUGGUUUAGAAAGGUAAUUGCUGUUUGGUUUGGUUUUGAAGGCUUGCAGAAACCAUGCAGCUCUGAAGUCAUUUAUUGUCAGAAAUACUUCGGGGUCAGAUUUAACAGCCAAGUGUUUUCUUUCCUUUUCUUUCAGGAAACAGAAAUGAAGGUACACAUGCACACACAAUUUUGCCUCAUUUGCUUGCUAACAUUUGUCUUUCAUCAAUGCCACCAUUGCCACGAAGAUGGACACGACGAAAGUGCCGAGGUCACAACCGCAGCGUCACAGCCGCAUAGCCACAACCACAAUGACUAUCAGAUCUCAGAGAAGGCUGAAGAGAAACAGAAAUACUACAUUGAAAAACUCUUUGACCGCUACGGGGAAAACGGAACGCUCUCGUUUUUCGGCCUGGAGAAAUUGCUGACGAGCCUGGGCCUGGGAGAAGUGAAAGUAGUGGAAAUAAAUCAUGAGGACAUUGGCCACAAUCAUGUUUCUCACUUAGAUGCAAUAGAAGUACAAGAAGGGAGACAUUCCCAUUCCCACCACCACCACCACCCUCCUCAUUCCCAUACUCACUCAGAGAACCAGACCACGAACGAAAGGCCUGCCAAAAGAAAGCGGAAAUGCGACCCCGAGAAAGAAGCAGCAGAGCCAUCUUUAAAAUCGGACAGCAAACACACUCACGACCACAAUGACCACAGGCACCACGAGCGCCGGCUCCAUCACCUCGGCCGCAACGGGACUCGCCACUCCCAUAACGAUUCCACCAGCGCCAAGGACCACAGGGGGCCCAGCCACGAACCUUCGACCGAGACCAACAUGACUCAAGAGCAGCCCGAAAAGUCGCACAAAGACAACAGGAGGACACGGAAGGAAAGGAAGAAGAGAAGUGGGGCUUCGGUGGAGGCGGCACAGGGCUUUACUCCCAGCCACGAGUCCGCCAAGCAGCACGGACACAACCGGGUUCACAAAAACGGCCACGCGCAAGACACGGCCCUCUCGCACGCUCACGAGCGGGAUCGUGAGCGUUCGCCUGCCCGCGAGCAUCCAGACCCGAAUCCUGCCAGUGGAGACGGGCAUCGCCGUGGCAGGAAGCACGAGGGGCAGAUUGGCAUGAGGAAGCGUGCCGUCCUCUCAACACACCCUCACAAGGACCAUAAUGGAGAUGAGCACCACCACGAAGAGGUCAGUGUUAAGCCUGAGAAGGCCUGGGAUGCAAAGGAGCACACAGGCAAAAGAACUAGUAUAGUAGCACCUCAGCUUACAUAACCCUCUGGUUAUGUAAACGUCACGUUACAAAAGCGGCAAACCCGGAAGUAUCAGACCGGGUUUCGGCACGUGCGCAGAAGCGGUCUACUGCCCCGCGCGCAUGUGCAGAUCAGUGAUCCUCGGGUUGCGGAAACCUCAGGAUCCAGCCGGACCUCCAGAACAGAUCCCAUUCGCAACCGGAGGUACCACUGUAUGUCGAUGGCUGAAUGUUAGAAGCUCAGAUAUACAUAAACCAGGUGCCAAAUAGCUUCUUAAACCAAGGUUACAGUUCCUGAAACGGAAUGUCUGGUUGCCGUUUUGGGGUGAGAUGGCUCUAAAGCCGUGGUUCCCAAUGUGGGACACAUGGCCCACAAGGGGGGCAGUUUGGAAGCUUGUUUAGACCAAGUUAAUGGUCUUUUAGGUUUCCUCCACAUGGAAUAGGAGUUCACUUUUUGAAUCAUCAUCAUCAUCAUCAUAAUAUGCCACUGGGGGGGGGGGGGACACCAGAAUUUUAGAGAUGCUUAGGUGGGGCAUGGCUGAAAAAAGGUUGGGAACCACUGCUCUAAAGCCUUGUUUUUCAAAUGAUGGACUGACCGAUUGAUUGUCAGUUAAAACAUCUGGCUAGUUCAGAUGACAACCUUGAGCUAGAUUAAGAGCUUUGAGAAGAAAAGUCAUUUGAUCCAGGGACAAUCCACACAUAUAUUGGCCUAUUCCUGCCUUUUUUUCCUUUAAUGGUGACACGGACCGUUCACAACGUAGGGAUGUUCUUCACAACCGUGAGCAGGGCAGUGGGGUGGGGUAAGUGAAGAUAAGCUGCAGCAAUUAACCAUAACAUUGCUCACUGCUCCUACUUGGGCUGCACAGAGAAAGCAUUUUAGUUCCCGAAAUUCAUUCCGAUGGUGCAGAUAUGAUAUAACCGAUAGAAUUCUACAGGAUGUGUUGUUAGUGUGUGAAAACAGUCCAGCUACAGUGAUCCGCAGGUUUGAAAACCAGGUUUGUAAAGACAUUAUUAUUGCCAUUAUCAUUUGUUUAUAUUCUCUGUCUUUCCCCCAAACUGGGAUGCAAAGUGGCUUACACUAAUUAAAACAACGCAGAUAAAAUACAGAAGGCUAAAAACCCAUGGUUUCAAAUUCUCAGCUUGUGGAAACUUUACUUCCACCAUCGGACCAGAUUUUUCCUGUGUCUUUUUCCAGCUGUAAUAAUUAGUAUUUUAUCUUCGGUAGACCCAAACUAUAUUUCUGCUCCUCUGGAAGGAUUUCAAGAAACGCUGUCCACAUAAUUUCUGGUUUAAUCUUUAAAAUUCUCAACAGAUUAACUGAGAAACACCAGACACAAAUAAAUAAAAUAAUGGGUACUCAUUUAAUUAAUUGACACAUUUACCCCACUCUCCAGCUCCCAUAUCUAUGAUAGUAAUACAGUUUAUGCCCUCAGUCUCAACAGUUUAAGGUUGUGUGCACCCCAUGCAUUUAAAGUACGUGGCUUCUCCCGAACAGUUCUGGGAACUGUAGUUUUACCCCCUCUACAGAGCUGCAGUUCCCAGAAUCCUUAGCAAACUACAGUUAACCCUGAUUCUUCAGGAGAGCUAGUGUUGCUUAAAUGUGCUUUGUGUGUGUGGUGUGUGGUCAGCCUUUAAACACAUAAUUCUAAAGGAAAAGGGAUUGGGAAGAAAGAGCAGAAAGCAAACUUGGGAUUUAGCUCUUAGGUACAGAUCCAGCUAGAAUGGAAAGAGUUUAAAAAGAGGAGGAACAAAAAGUUGCUUAUUUGUCAGCUGAGCUGAUGGAGAGGUCCCUCAGCUCUCGCUUUUCUCUCUCUCUGCUUUGCUCCUCUACUGUUAAUGUUCUUCAAUAAACUGUAUGCCUUUCUUAAUACGGCUUUUUCCCUUCUCGCUCCUACUAUUGUGCCAAAUUCUCCAUUUUCUUUCGCACCUUUUUGCAGCGUGUUCUCCUUUUAACUUUUUAACUCUUUUGUGUUUUGUACAACCCCCUUGCUUCCAAACGGGAACUAUCCUGACCAUUGUUAAUAAUUGCCUUCUUCCUGACUUUCCUUUUUUGCAGUGUUUAAACUUCACUCAGCUGCUAGCGCAUUACGGCCUUCAUCCCACCUCUCCCAUUUCCCCCAGCUUGUUUACAUACCUGUGCCCAGCAUUGCUGUAUCAGAUUGACAGGAGACUUUGUAUUAAACAUUAUGAAGAUCUGGUGAUUGAAGACUUGAAUAAAGGAAGGAAUGCAUCGCUUGGGAACAUGGAGAAAACUGGCGCAUCGGGUGAGGAGAUUCGUGAUAAGAUUCGUGUCAAAGAAACGGGGGGAACUUGCAUUUUUGCUUCAUUAUUUCAGCCUUGUUAAUGAUGUUUCGCAUUGUUAAGUAAAGAUCUGAUGCAGACCCUUUAGUUAGUAAUACACAUUGUGACAGCUUUGUUUCGCCGUUCUUCUAAGGUCAAGUCAGGCCACUUAAAAUAAUAGAAGCCACCUCUUUUCACUCCUGUCUCUGAACAGGCAUAUGAGUUCCAUAGAAUUACUGUUUCUUCCACUUCAGGGCUUCUACUGAAGCCUCCCUUUCUGACAUCCAUUGAACUUCACUGCUUUGAGUAGAGGAAAGACACACCUUUCCUGAGAGAAGGGUAGCAUCCUAGCCUAUUGGGCCGCACAGUCUUCAGGUUUGCAGUACUUUGUGAUAAUAGAUGCAGGCCGGAAUCCCAUGCGCCCCAGGACUUCACAGUUUUUGUUGACAUUUGUUCACGCAGAGCAUUCUCUGCUGCAGGCGACCAGCGCAUGCGCCUUCAGCCAUCUAUUAGCCAGUACAGUGGUACUUCAGAUUGCAUAUGCUUCAGGUUACAUACGCUUCAGGUUAAAGACUCCGCUAACCCAGAAAUAGUGCUUCAGGUUAAGAACUUUGCUUCGGGAUGAGAACAGAAAUCGUGCUCCAGCGGCGCGGCAGCAGCAGGAGGCCCCAUUACCUAAAGGGGUGCUUCAUGUUAAGAACAGUUUCAGGUUAAGUACGGACCUCCGGAACGAAUUAAGUACUUAACCUGAGGUACCACUGUAUUGGUUUUUUAAAUCCUUUGUCCGAGGGCCAUUGCACAUGAAACUCUUCUAUUUUAAAAGGGUCCCCUGAUGCAUCUGCUUCCAGACAGCCGACUGUUUGUUCCGCAGUGGCUUUGCCACGCAGAUUGGAAGAUUUCUUCCACGCCAACGCAAGCCAGUUUUGUUUUGUGCAGACAAAAUCCUCUGAUCUAUUAGCCCGCCAGGCUUGAAUUGCUUUCCACAGAGAGGCAGUCACCACCUUUAAAAUACAGAUCCACAAUGCAGGUUUAAGGGGCAGGGGCUGUACACGCAGCUCAGGCCCCUGUUGUCUUCAUGGUCAUCGGCUCUGACCGCUUGUCAAGCAGGGAAGGCUGCAGGGUGUGUUUUGUUUGUUUAUGUUACCUUCAAUGCAAAUAGAACCCUUCCACAUGAUGGGGGAACCCUGCUUUUUUAGGGUCACUUACUGUCUGAAGGUUUCUGCUGGCGUUGAAGUGAACACAAGUAAAAGCACCCUGCAGAUCUAACUUGCUCAGCAUGGGAAAGUCAGUUGGGCCCUAACACCCCCAGGUGGUGUUACAUUGCAUGGAUACUCCUGCCCCUAUGCCAAAUUUAAACAGAUGCCUGAACACGACUAACAUUUUAAGAAUAGAGCACCUAAAGCUGCCCAGAAUUGGCAGAUUUUGUUUUCCUACAUGCAUUUCGUAUAGGUUCAUAAGCUCAGGGUAGUACCCUAUAAUUGAGAUCUUCUUAGUGCUUUCUAAAAAAUUUUUUUACCAAACCUAAGUCCAUUGGACUAGAAUACAAGCUUUUGCAGGCUUCUUUCAAGCAGUAACUUGGUGUUCUGAAAUCAGCAAGUCUGCUGAAUUAGAAUAGGGUGGUGCCAGUUUGUGGAGAGAGAGGCCCAAAUAGCUUGAAGGCAAAGACAGCACACCAGCUUGCAUACUUAACAUCUCCUCUCCGUUCGCCCUAGCUUCUGAGCAAGAGGAAGUCUCAAGAGCGGCAGGUUAGUAUCAGCUAAUGUCCGAGUGAAGUAACUUGAACCUGUUUCCCUCUGCCCCCUGCCUCCCACCCCCUUACUCUUCUUGAGCAAAGUGUGUAGCACAUGUCUGGGGAAGAUUUAGCCCUCUUAAAAAAAAUUGGACUCCCACGUCCCAGCAGACCCAACAGUAGUUGUAGUCCUGCAAGAUUUGGAAGGCAUCAAGUUUCCCAGCUCUGGUGUAGCAUGAAAACACAGUAUGGCCUGCAGGAGAAAGAAAACUCAAGGGAGUUGUCAAAGAGUCAGAUCUCAAGUCCCAAAUCGGGACGAUUCAUUAAGAGUAGCGAUGGAGAUAUGAGAGAGAAAACAAAUACGGAGCAUAAACAAACACAGCGGUUUGCUCGCUUAUCCUAGCCCCACUUACCUGGAUUAAACCACAUUGAAUUCAGGUAGAGAUGGCUAGGAUUGCUCUGUGGGUAAUCUGCUCUCCCUAAAUAGAAUUGUAGAGUUGGAAGGGACUGCCAGGAUCAUCUAGUCCAAAGUUUCCCAAACUUGGGUCUCCACCUGUUGUUGGACUACAACUCCCAUCAUCCCUAGCUAGCAGGACCCAGUGGUCAGGAAUGAUGGGAACUGUAGUCCCAAGACAGCUGGAGACCCAAGUUUGGGAAACCCUGAUCUAGUCCAACCCCCUGAAAUGCACCCAACGCGGGGCUCGAACCCAUGACCCUGAGAUGAAGGGUCUCACGCUCUACCAACUGAGCUAUCCCACAGUAAUCUUAAACCUUGCAAAAGCAAGGAUAAUGAUGGGCAAUAGCUGUCAUUUUCGCAAUGGAAUCGUCCCGUGCUUUUUAACACUAUGGAAUCGGGGGCGGUUGACGUGGAUGGUGGAUCCCUCCAGUCAAGUAUGGCCGUGUCGACCAGGUACACCUCUAGGCAGAAUUUUGGGGCUUUGCAUGCCCAUCCGUGUACACAGGGACAAGACUGGCAUUUUCCGGUGACUCAGAAAGGUGGAAGUAAAAAGUGUGAACAGGGAAAGAUUUCCUGAUAGAAUCCCAUCUCCGUGCAUGAAGAAUGUUUGAAGGCUGGCAGGUAGACCACUGUGGCACAGACUUUGAAUUUUUUAAAGAUACAAGCAUUUUAUUUUCAGGCCUCUGUGCACCAUUAUACAUAGCAGAACUGCCAACUACAUUCUGUUUCUGGAGCCUUGUGCAAUCACUGUAAUCUUAGAAUCACUUGAAAGGAAUUGUCCUUAUUUUGAGAAGAAUGCUCUUGCUAAUGGUGACUAUUGAUUAGGCAUUUUGCACUUAUUCGCUUACAAAUAAAGCACAAGUUAAGUAUGUUCUGAUGUAUGUUAAUAAUUGUCAGAAACAAUGCGCUGUCGGUAAUUAAUUUUAAUGGCUGUGGCAUCAUUAAGAAAGGUUAACUUGUUGUGUAUAACUCUCCUUUAGUGGCACAGCUACUAUCUCAUUAACUUUGUUCAAAGAUUCGGCAAAUACUGUAUACGCUGAAUAUGGUAGCAAAUCAUUUGUUCCUCAGGGUAGACGUGUUUUAGCCAGAGUUGACCCUCAUUUAAUUGCCAGGAGAGUUUCUGAAAAGACUGCUAAGCAUUUUCUGCCAAUUAAAAUGUUGAAACUGUGUGUAAACCAAUCUCACCACCACCACCCCGAACACACCAAAAGAAACCCGUCAUCGUGCAUCGUGCCUUAGAACCCAGUUAAUUAACCCAGUUAAUUAGAAAGUUUCCACAGAUGAGUGCUUCAUUUUAAAAGAGGGAUUUUCUGCCUAGAUAAUGAGGGAGGGAACCGAUGAAUAAGUAAUCUUGAAGACCGUCCAUGCUUUAAGCGACCUAAUUUUGCAAAAUUAGUGGUAGACAUUUUGGUGCAUUUCAGAAUAGCUGGUGUUUUGCUUUGUUUAGAGCCCAAAUAAAAAUUACUCCAGUAUGUUGCAGUCCCGAGGAGAUGUCUGGAAGCGAUCUAUUUUGCUUGUGAGUUUCAAGCACAAUCCUGCAUUUGCAAAAUAAUCUGUCAUACAGAAUCAUAGAAUUGUAGAGUGGGGAGGGACCCUAAGGGCAAUGUGGUCGAACCCCUGCGAUGCAGGAAUCUCAACUAAAGCAUCCAUGACAGAUGGCCAUCUAACCCAUCGUUCUGCCCGGACACUGAGGUCCAGCGCCGAGGGCCUUCUGGCAGUUCCCUCACUGUGAGAAGCCAAGUUACAGGGAACCAGACAGAGGGCCUUCUCAGUAGUGGCACCCACCAGAUGUCAAAGAGAAAAACAGCCACCAGACUUUUAGAAGACAUCUGAAAGCAGCCCUGAUUAGGGAAGCUUUUAAUGUUUAACAGACCACUGUAUUUUAAUACUUCGUUGGAAGCUGCCCAGAGUGCCUGGGGGGGCCCAGCCGGAUGGGCGGGGUAUAAAUAAUAAAUUAUUAUUAUUAUUAUUAACCUCUAAUGAAGGAGAGCCCACAGCCUCCCAAGGGAGACGUUUCCACUGUCGAACAGCUCUUCCUGUCAGCAAGUUUCCUGAUGUUUAGUUGGAAUCUCCUUGUAACUUGAAGCCAUUGGUUUGAGUCUUACCCUCCAGAGCAGGGUGAAAACAAGUUUGCUCCAUCUUCCGUGUGACAGCCCUUGAGAUAAUUGAAAGAUGGCUAUCAUACCUCCAUCUCAGUCUCCGGCUUAAAACGCUUAACUGUUCUUGAGUUGCUUUCUAUUUAUUUAUUUUAAUUUCUAACAAAUGAAAUAAUUGCUGGCACUCAGCUAGUGGUGCAUCUUUAUUUAUGAAUACUUACCCUAGCAAGGUAACUCGGAAUGUGGAAAUAAAGCCAAGCCAUUAAGAUGACCUGUAGCUAUGGGCAGAAGGGUGAAGGCCUCCCAACACCCCUGUCUUGUUCUGGCCUAGCUUUGCUUCACACAGUGUUUUCUUUGAUGCCAACUUCCUCCUUUACCCCUCUUCCUCCCUUGUCUGCUCUUCCCUUGGUUCUCUUUGUUUCUUCACUCUGCCCCCCCACCCCCCCAGUGUUCCUCAGACUCCUGCCUCCUUCACCUUCUUCACACUUCUCCUACCCUUUUCUGUUGCCCACAGUGGAUCGUGACCCAUUUUCUCCCUUCUGUUGGCAGCUUCUGUCUCUUUUCUAGCCUGUGUGUUUGGCCUAACAUGCCUCUUGUACGCUUUCUGGGCAUAAGAUGCUUCUAUUCAAAGAUGCUGUAUGAAAGAUAUAUUGAACCAAACACCCUUCUUAACAACUGCAGAACAGGCCUCAGGGAAUUCAUUUAAGCUGAGGGUGCCAGCUAUUCAUUUGCCAAUGUUUGGGGGCUGAAGCCUGGAUGCUCCAAGCCAGCCUUCAGCUUGGCUUUUCCCUCCCCAUUGUUUCCUAUAUGAGGCUGAGGGUUCCUUCCCAAAGGUUAUAAGCACUCUUAAGCCUCUUUUCUUUUCCGCUUUUAUGAUGUUGCCUCUCCUCCUUGCAUCCGGGAAACAGCUUAGGAGGCAGUAGGACCCAUGCAGGACCUCGCUCACAAACUUGGGUCUCCAACGGUUUGGGGACUACAAUUCCCAUCUUCCCUGACCUCAGGUCCUGCUAGUUAAGGAUGAUGGGGGCUGUAGUCCCAAAACAGCUGGAGACCCAAGUUUGGGAAACCCUGGCCUAGAUGCAUGAGUCCUGUUGAUUCCAUUACUUUUCUGUUACAAGCUGAUGUUGGAAAGUGUCGCAUAAUUAAACGUUGAGCUAGAUGCUGUCAGGAGAAGCAGCGCUGCCAUAUCGGGUCUCUUCUCCCCCCUUUCCCCUGCGACAUGUAAAACUGAAUAUUCCAUCAGGGUGUGCAAUUCUCUGACAUGCGGAGAACUUGUCACGAGGGAUUGCUUGUUGGGCAGCAGCUGUAGGAGUGAUUUACCUGCUCCCACUUUCAGCUUCCAUUGCAUUCUGCAGAGUGUUGGUUGUGUCCAAAGCUAAAGCUCAAGCCAUUCUCCGCCGCCCCCCGUACUGCCAAAAAAGACUCUUCAGAGGGUUGGAGAGAUCAGUUGACUACCGGGGGCAAUACAGGGCCACAGUAGAAGAUGUGAUUGCUUGAAAUCAAGGGGACAGGGAACCUUGAAGUGCUACAAGCACAAGAUCCCACAUAUUUUCUCUCAUCCAUGGUAGCCGUGUGAGACAUCGAGUACACAAUGAUCUGUAGCAACCCCUGGUUUCUGGAGAGGUUGGUGUGAGAGGGUGCAAGGAGGGGAAGGGAAAGACCUUGCUUACACAAGGUUGGCUACCUCUGAAGGUCUGUUUUAAGUGUCGUUUUUCAGUCAGCUUCAUAAAAUGCACGUCGCCGUUUUCAGGGUGAGUGGGAGUUCUGGGAAGCUAGCAUGCAAGAGGAGCUUUCAAAUUAGUUCAUGCUUUGUGAUAAUUACGGCUAUAGAUUUUAAAUUCUAGAAGGGUUGCUUGUCCUCAAGAAAAGGCUCACGUGCUGUUGUUGGGACAGAGAGAGUUUGUUGUGGUAAAAUGAGAAAAAUGCUGGGAGGAAUUGUGACAGACGGAGGCAAUGGAUGCAGCCAUUUGCUGCACCAUAAGGCGUCCCCUAUUCAAGGUGGCGUCAGUUCUGUGCCCAGAAUUUUCAGUCUUCACUGGGUUUGAAGUAGGCGGCGAAACCUGCCGUUCUGUAUCCCAUUUAUUCUAGGAUUUGCCCUAAUGAAGCUUUUCGGGUAGAGUUAAAUUUGCACUAAGUAUUAUAACAAGAUUACAGUUUGACCCCGGAGAUUAUUUCUACGGUGCGUGUAAUCAAAAUCAUACGGAUUAAAAAAAUAAUAAUGGCAACAACAAAAUCCUGUCGUACAGAUGGUGAAAAAUGCAUCAUGAUGGUUUGCAUUUCAGAUCUCAGUUUAUAGUAGGCACAUUUUGCUUAAGAGAGAGUUUCCUUCCUUUGAACAGUAACCACUUACUUUUAAUGUUCUUUUGAUGUGUUUAAAAGCUUCCUGACUUUUUUUCCCUGUUUUUUCUCCACUCUCCACUUCCACAGCCUGGAUUUGUGGCAUCAUUUCUAUCACAGUCAUUAGCCUGCUGUCCUUGCUAGGUGUGAUCUUGAUUCCUAUCAUUAACCAAGGGUGCUUCAAAUUUCUCCUCACCUUCCUGGUCGCUCUUGCUGUAGGAACAAUGAGUGGAGACGCGCUGCUUCAUCUGUUGCCACAUGUGAGUUCUAACCCAUCCCUUGCACUUCUUGUGUGUCUUCCCUUUCCAUCGAAAGCUCCUUAAGCACCUGCAAAAGCAUCCACACAUUUAACUUGUGUUGCCUCCGCUAACUUGUCUGCUGAUGGCAGCUUUCCAAAAAGAAAUGAAUAAAAACGAGUAGACCAGCCUUUCCCACUGCCUGCUUGAUGUUACGCUGCUGCAGUUUCUCAUCGGCCCCAACCAGCAUUGCCAAUGGUCAGGGAUUCUGGGAAAUGUAGUCCAACAGCUUCUGGUUGGGGGAGGCUGGAAAUAGGGAAAUAGGAACCUGCCUUAAAGGUAAAGGUAAAGGGACCCGACCAUUAGGUCCAGUCGUGACCAACUCGGGUUGCGGCGCUCAUCUCGCUUUACUGGCCGAGGGAGCUGGCGUACAGCUUCCGGGUCAUGUGGCCAGCAUGACUAAGCCACUUCUGGCGAACCAGAGCAGCGCACAGAAACGCCGUUUACCUUCCCGCCGGAGCAGUACCUAUUUAUCUACUUGCACUUUGACGUGCUUUUGAACUGCUAGGUUGGCAGGAGCAGGGACUGAGCAACGGAAGCUCACCCCAUUACGGGGAUUCAAACCGCCGACCUUCUGAUCGGCAAGUCCUAGGCUCUGUGGUUUAACCCACAGCGCCACCCAGGAACCUGCCUUACGCAGAGUCAAACCAUUGGUCCAUCUAGCUCAGUAUUGACUACAGGCAGGGAAUCUUCCCUUACCCGACCUGGAGAUUCCUGGGAAUGGACCUGGGACCCUCUGAAUGCUCUGCCGCUGACCGGUGGCCCUUCCAAGAUGGACCCUCAGGCUGAUCUAGAUCAGAGCACUCUGUGUGAGAGAGGGAAAGAGAAACCUGACAUUCAGAAGACAUCUUAAGGCAGCCCUGUUCAGGGAAGUUUUUAAUCUGUGAUAUUUUAGUGUAUUUUUGGUUUCUAUGGAAGCCGCCCAGAGUGGCUGGGGAAACCCAGCCAGAUGGGCGGGGCACAAAUAAUAAAUUAUUAUUAUUAUUCUUUUCUGGUUGUAAAGGGCAACACGACGCAUCUUGUAGACCUGGCUUUUUACUUUGGAGGGUGCUCACCGCAUGUCUUUCUCUUACCCGCCCUUAGUCGCAAGGGGUGCACAACCACAGCCACGAGAACCACGAGCACCACCACGAGCACCAGCAUCUCCAUGGCCAUUCCCACGGCAGCGGAGGAGCGGUCCAGGGCUUCCUAGAAGAGUAUGAUGCUGUGCUGAAAGGGCUGGUGGCCCUGGGUGGAAUUUACCUCCUGUUCAUCAUCGAGCACUGCAUACGAAUGUUCAAGCACUACAACAGACAAAGGGUAUGUUUUGACAUCUCUUCCGUGCUCGUGUGCAAUGAAGAUGUGGGGAAGAGUAGGUCUGAACUCUUAAAAACGAAGCCAUUAAUGGAAAGUGUGCAAAAUUGCCUGCUGACCUAGUCUAGCCAAUAAAAUUUAAUUCUGGCAGGUAUCCAGGUUUAAACAGCCAGCAGAACCCAAGAAAGAUUUUGUUGCCAUUGACCAUAUACCCUAGGUUCUAAUGUUAGCAACCAAACAGACCGGUUGCUGUAUGUGUGACACUGAAUCACACCACUGACCCAUCUAAUCCAGUUAUCGUUGGCCCUGACUGGCAGCCACAUUCUGAGUUAUGAAAUACAGACCCUCUGACCUGGGUUUCUUUAAAGUGGAGGCGCUGGAGGUUGAAUGUGUGACUUUAGGCAUAGAAAUCCCGUACUCUUCAACAGAACGGUUGUGGAUCCAGCAUUUUUAACAUCCAAACUUGGCAAUAUGCAAAAAGCUCUUCCUGUGAAAGUUUGGAAACAUUUGAAAAUGACUUGAGUGAUGAGUAUCUGUUUUAAAGCUUUUUUAAAAUAUAUAUAUAUAAGACUAAUGCGUCUUUCUGGAACGAUGCCCAGUGAGACAAGCAAACAACAGUCUGUGCAGCAAGUAUUAUUUUUCCAUCCUUUUUAAAAAUAGAGCAAGCUUUCCAACCUCACCCAAGGACAGUUGUGCCUUGGAAGCCGAAUGGAAUCCGUUCCAGAAGUCCGUUUGACUUCCAAAAUGUUCAGAAACCAAAGCGCGGCUUCCGAUUGGCUACAGGAAGCUCCUGCAGCCAAUCGGAAGCCCCGUCGGACGUUCGGGUUCCAAAGAAUGUUCGCAAACCAGAACAUUCACUUUCGGGUUUGCGGCAUUCGGGGGCCAAAACAUCUGAGUACCAAGGUGUUUGGGAUCCAAGGUAUGACUUUGCGUGGAAGGUCUUUUUACUAAGGUCCCCCCCCCCCCAAUUUACUGAUGGAAUCACUGUCUUUGGUGUGGGACAAGUCUAGGUUGUUGAUUUCACUUGUUUUUCCAGCUUGACUGCCUCACACUCCUCAAGAUGGGGUAGUCAAUGCUGUGCCCUCCUGACUUGGCCGGGAGUCCCCAAACCCAUCACUCCCCAACCUGCGUGGCCGGUAGCUGGCGAGUAUGCUACAGCCCAGCAACAUCUUGAGGGCACCACGUUGGCUACCCCUUGCUCUGUGAAACAUCCCUGAGGAGUAAAGUUUCUGCUGCAAGGGAAGAUUAACAUUCUGCUCCUUUCCUGUGUAAAUCUCUUGUUUUGUAUUGCUUUCAAGAGUCUCAUUCAUCUCCUCCACUAGCACUUCCUUACCAAAGAACCACCCUACUGCUUAGCUAUUUGUGGCUGCACCAUGUUCUCCCAGGCUCCCGGUCUAGUUUUUUGUUCUUGUCAGAGGCUAAUUGUCUGGUCCCCUCGCAGUUUUAUCGCCCCUAGAAACUUAUAGGGCAAAGUGGAUCUGUCCUAGGAAUUUGCCAGCUUUAGAAGCAGCUGCAGCAACAAGCAGUUGUGUGCAAGGGUGUUGUGAAGGCGUCGGCCCCAAGAAGUUGAACAGGCUUGAUUUGUUCUCCCAGAGGGUAAAGGGAUUGGGAUUUAGACUGUCAGAAGCUCAGACGGUCAUAAGAUGGCUUGCGAAAGAGGAGCAGCUUCCCCAGGCAGACUUGUUACUAUAAACCCAAACUGCUGGGAUCAGAGAGUGUGUUCAACAUAGGAGGGAGCUGCUGAAGCUUAUUUGUCUUUACAUGCGUUUGGUCUUUUACAAGACGAAGGAGCUAUUAAAUAAAAGAGGGAGAAAAAGCUGGUGUGUUACAAUUCCCUGAAGGGUGUGUGUGUGUGUUUAAGUCAAACUAGCCUGAUUUCUAAGUUACGAAUAUGUGUUACAUUUUUGUCUUCCUUUGAAAAUUUGCCUUUUAAUUAAUUUUUAUUUGACUAGAACUGGGGCAAAUCCCAACCGCUUGGGCACCUGGGCCUUUUGAUCAGGGUGCAAAGAACUUGAAAAACUUUUCACUCAACCUUUCAGUGUUCUUCUUUUGACAAUACAAGUACAGUCGCACCUCGGAAGUUGACGAAUCGGUUCUAGAAGUCCAUUUGACUUCCAAAACGUUCGGAAACCCAAAGCACGGCUUCUGAUUGGCUGCAGGAACCUCCUGCAGCCAAUUAGAAGCCUCAUCGGAGGUUCGGCUUCCAAAAGAAAGUUUGCAAACCGGAACACUCACUCACAGUUUUCCAUCAUUCGGGAGCUGGAACAUUCGACUCCCAAGGUGUUCAGGAGCUGAGGUACAACUGUACAAGCUAAAAAUACUUAUUGCUGCCUUUUGGGUGGGCGGGGACAGGAAUCUGGUAGUUUUCAGUAUCCCCAAUUGAAAACUGGAGAAAUGGCAGUGAGAGUUUUUCUAUAAUAGCCUUCCCUGAACCUGGUGUCCUUCUGACACCGUUGGGACUCCCGACACCCAUCAUCCCCAACCAGUCUGCCUAAGGGUCACGGAUGAAGUCGUUCAACACCAGCUUGCAGGAGACUGUCCUGUACAGUGAGAAACACAACAGGAGAAUAAACCCUUCGCAAGACAGAAGGCACAACUCAUCGUCUUGUCUCAUGUUCACAAUUCAAGAUCCCUGUGAGCAGGGAUGGGGAAUCCAUGGUCUUCCCAGAUACAUUGCUGAACUCCCAUCAUGCCAGACCAUUGGCCAAGCUGGCUGGGACAGGAUGGGAGCUGGAGUCCCAACAGCACCCACAGGAGCACAGAGGCUCACCAUCCCUGUUACAGACCACCUCCUGAGUCCCUCUUCUCCCCUCCCCUGCAGCCAGAGGUCCUUCUGGGGCACUGGUAACACUGCGCUUGGUCAUUGCCCACAGGAGCACAAUUAGCCUGUGUGCUGGGAACCCAGGGAAUAAAAAUCCAUUGGCUAUCAUGGGUACCUGAAUAUGCAAGCCUCGUGUUAUUAUGAAAGGAGGCGCCUGUUGUGGUUUGCCCAGUGCAGGAGCAGCAAAUCCAGCGAGGAGGAGGAGAAGCUUCCCUAGAAAAUCAGGAAUUUUCCCCCCACAUGCACAGAGCUGCAUAGGAGGGGAAGGACUGGGCUGAUUUAAAAACUGAAGCACCUUUAUGCAUGGGGAAGAAAAUGUAGGCAAAGAAUCUUUGCAAGGGAUGUAGCUGCAAGAUUUGCGUGAAUCUGAGAAAUGAGAUGCAUUGGACGAAUCAGUGGCUGAGCCACUGUUUUUUAACAUCCUCAGUGGUGCGGGGGGGGUAUAUAUUUAGGGGAUCGCAGCAUUGGUUGGUCAUUGUGCCUUGCAGCUCUUCACUUGUGCUUUUUGCCUUUCUUCAACGCCAUCCCUGUUGUUGCAGGUCAAUCAUUAACUGCCAGGUGCCUUCUUCCUCCCUUCCUUUCACCUCUUUCAGACUAAACAGAAGUGGUGUAAGAAGAAACAGAAGGUCGAUGAUUCGCCAAUUGGAAGGAAACUUUCAGAUCAUAAGCUAAACAGGCCGGAUGCUGACUGGCUUCAGCUCAAGCCUCUAGCAGGUAUACCAUUCAUUAUCAGCCUGUCUGCUCACACAGCCUUUGCAGAGACAACUGUGUUGUACGACCAUUAAUCCGGCCUCGUGGCUUAGUCUCUCCCUCCUUCUCCGUCUCAACCUUAGUCAGUAAAUCUCCUUUAAUUGAUGACUAGAGCUGUCACCUGAUAAAGGAAUACUAGCUGAGUAAUCUUACAAGUUCCAGCCCAUUAAUUAAAUCAAUUAGAUAUGCAUAGAUUUGCAUCCUUUCUUCAUUUUAGGCGAUGUACGUCACAGUAGGGGACGCGGGUGGCGCUGUGGGUUAAUCCACAGAGCCUAGGGCUUGCCGAUCAGAAGGUCGGCGGUUCGAAUCCCCGUGACGGGUGAGCUCCUGUUGGUGGGUCCCCGCUCCUGCCAACCUAGCAGUUCGAAAGCACAUCAGAGUGCAAGUAGAUAAAUAGGUACCGCUCCAGUGGGAAGGUAAACGGCGUUUCUGUGCACUGCUCUGGUUCACCAGAAGCAGCUUACUCAUGUUGACCACACGACCCGGAAGCUGUACGCCGGCUCCCUCAGCCAGUAAAGCGAGAUGAGCACCGCAACCCCAGAGUCAGCCACGACUAGACCUAAUGGUCAGCGGUCCCUUUACCUUUACGUCACAGUAGGGGUACCAUUUUGGAAGAAGUGUUCUUUAACCUUUUUCUUCCCCCUUCGGAUUUUUUUUUUUUAAUUUGCUGCCCAAUCAACUGAUUCACUGGUUUUCAACCAGUGUGCCAUAGCUAGGGAUGAUGGGAGUUGUAGUCCAACAACAGCUGGAGAGCCAAAUUUGGAAAACGCUGCUGUAGCCCAUCUAGGCUCUCACCUUGAGUGGUAUGAAUUGCUACCCACAGGUAUUCACAGCAGGAACCUCCCCCGCCCCCAGUUCAUCAAAACAGCGGAGGAAUAGGGUGGGAAAGAAAGAAAGAAAAAGGGGUUAGCAAUGAGGCACAGCUGGUGUCUCUCCCAGUUCUGACAAAACCCGCAGCCCUCAAGGUUGCUAGAGAAGGACAUGCAGAUGGAUUUGCUGGUCUUCCUCUAUCUCUCUUCUUCUCCCCAGCCAGAAGCAGCAGCAUUCAGGGUCCUCCAUUCAGGGAUUCGCCUGAGCUUCUUAAUGAAAACAAAUGCAUAGGCAGGUGGCACUUUGUACAUGGACACUUUGAACUGGUUAUCUUCACUAUAUAAAAGUGUUUUACCAUCUCACCUAUGCAGCUUUUCUCUUUUCAUACAUGUCCAUGUGUGCUUGCACAAAUACACAAGAAACAUUGCCUGCCACAGUUUCUCAGCUAAAAUAAGCCUGCCUGUAAGUUGCAAUUCGUGGUUACCCUUGUUGUGCUGUUAUAUGUUGCUGUCAGGGCUGAUCUUCAAAAAGUACACUGCCGAAAGGCUACAAGAUAGGAACUGGACCUCUUUAGCACCUGAUGUGCAUGCUAAGUGCUGCGGGUAAGUAUUGGCGGCAUCUCUGUCUUAAUCGAUGCCCCAUUGUCACCCCUAAUUAAGACCCUGUGUUUCUCUGGCUCUUUCGACACAGGAGCAGAUGACUCUGUUUUAUCCGACGAUCGACUUAACGAAACGGAACUAACUGACCUGGACGGCCAGCUUGACUCCCUGCCAAAGACCUUCCUGUCCGUAGAGGAGGAAAACAGUAUGCUCCACUCCCAUAACAAUGUAUCCCAUGGUGUCCAGGAGAACGAUCGCCCCGACGUGGAGUACGAAAGCAACCACCGAGAGGAUAAAAUCGUAGCUCGAAAGCACAACCACAUCUGGUCCCACAAACACUCCCACCAUUCUCAUGGACACUGCCAGUCCGGCAAAGACCUGAAAGACACUGGAAUAGCGAACAUAGCCUGGAUGGUAAUAAUGGGAGACGGGAUCCACAAUUUUAGCGAUGGGCUGGCCAUUGGUAAGUGCUUUGGGGUGUGUUCUUUGCCGCUAGCUAUACUGCAUAAAAUACAGUAGCAUGAUAGUAUUGACGACUAGUGCCUAAAAUAGCUAGGCUCUCUACAGAAAAUUCGGAAAUGAAACAGGCUUUGUCUUUGUUGAGGAGGAAGGGGGAAGAAGGAAUCUGCUGGGAAGAGGGAAGUUUCUGCUUGGAAAAAGCAGAUGUAGUUCAGGGAUACCCAAACUUGGGCCUCCAGCUGGUGUUUUUUUUUUGGACUACAACUCCCAUCAUGAGCUAGCAGGACCAGUGGUCAGGGAUGAUGGGAACUGUAAUCUAAAAACAGCUGGAGACCCACAUUUUGGGAAACCCUGCUGUAGAUAGAUCCACUCCAUGAUAUCAGCUCCUUUGUGUAGCAGGACCACAGUGGAAUAAAGUCUUGCUCACUUCUGAUGGAAAUGGCAGACCACCUCCCACCCUGUAGCUACCAGUUACCUACCAGACUUGGCAGGAAGGAGAGCUUCUCCGGCCUGUUGGACUAAGACUUCUCCUAGUUUAUUGAGAGGGGCAUGGGCUUGUUGGAAGAAACAGCACCACUGAGUUGGGUAGUGUGCAUUUUUAUCGGGGAGCAAGAUGGAAUCUUCCUGAUAAUUGUUACCAAUGGAGGCAUCUCCCUUGGUGGAAGGUUAGGAGGUUCUGCUGAUUCUUCCAGCCCCAGCAGCUGACCACAUAGCUGGGGCCUCCGUAAAUUUCAUCAGAUCUUGUAUGGAACAGGCGCUUGCAUUUCAGCCGGCCCAGCGCAGGCUAUUCCAAGGAAGUUAGCUGUGGUGUUGCUGGCCGUAACGGUCCCUUGUGAGUCAAAGGGACAGGAGCCUUAAAGACUCCUUGAAAACAAGCUUACAGAAGUAGCAGUGUGUUAGCAGCCCACCUACAUGCACCUGUGCUAAUCAUUUGAUCUGAAAACAAACAAAACAAACCCAGCCCAAUUCUCUUUCAAUUUGCAAACCCAGCCCUGUGAUUCUUACCUGUGAUAGGCAACCAAACCCACUGGCUAUUUAGGUGGUCAGCCUUAGCCACCCCAAUCUGAUAUCUCAGACAAGUUGAAAAACAUGUUAUAUCUUCUUAAUCUUUCUUGCUAUAGAUCCCACAUGGAGAUGAUUAAAUUGUCAAGAGAGGCGUUCUGCUUUCAGCUGCCAUUCCUAGCAUUUUGAGUGCACUAUUUGUUUUAUUUUAUAAAAUUUAUGUGCUGUUUGAUUUUUUUAAAAAGUGAUUUUAUAAAGGGCGGGGGGGGGCCAAAAUGAUUGGUAAAAACAAAUAAACACAACUAUUCAAAACAGUUUUUAAAAAACCCUUAAAAUUAGCAACAAAGGAUAAAGGUCAUCAACAUUCUACAUAUCUGGGUAGGCUUUUCUAAACAAAUGUUAGCAAGGUGCCCAAAAGAGCACAGUGAGGGCAACCUGCCUGGUCUCAGCAGACAGGGAGCUGCAAAAGACUCAAAAGAUCGAUUUCUUAUAAAUGCAGAACGAGUAUUAUAUGGCAUCUGUAGCAGUGCUGGUUCCGCAGAUGGAAGCAGUCAAGUCAGCAUAUUGGGGUAAAGCAAUCUCGCAGGUAAACUGGUGCCAGGUUGCUAAGGGUUUUAUAUACUAAUAGGAGCACCUUGAAAGGGACAUGGGUGGCGCUGUGGGUUAAACCACAGAGCGUAGGACUUGCCGAUCAGAAGGUCGGCGGUUUGAAUCCCCGCUACGGGGUGAGCUCCCGUUGCUCGGUCCCUGCUCCUGCCAACCUAGCAGUUUGAAAGCACGUCAAAGUGCAAGUAGAUAAAUAGGUACCGCUCUGGCAGAAAGGUAAACGGCGUUUCUGUGCGCUGCUCUGGUUCGCCAGAAGCGGCUUAGUCAUGCUGGCCACAUGACCCGGAAGCUGUACGCUGGCUCCCUCGGCCAAUAAAGCGAGAUGAGCGCCACAACCCCAGAGUCGGUCACGACUGGACCUAAUGGUCAGGGGUCCCUUUACCUUUACCUUUAGGAGCACCUUGAACUUGGCUCCAGUAGCAGAUCGGUAGCCAGUGCAGGUUUUGCAAGCUGACCAAAGUCUCAUUCCUGUCGUGUGUCUUUUUUUUUAUCGUGUUUGAUUCUCUCUUGGUCUGUCACACCGAAAGAGAACGUUGCUUUUGGUUGGUGCCACAGAGAAGUCACUAAGGCUGCAAUCCUAGGCCCCACUUACCUGGGAAGAAGACAUCCACAACCAAGUGGGACUGAGUUUUGAGCAGACAGCGCAUGGGAUUGCUCUGUAAGAUAGGAGCUGGCUUUUAAGCCUGAAUUUCAGAUGCGGGAGGAAAAGGUCAGAGAGCCGACCGUUCCCUCCUGGGCGCUCUCAUCUGUUCAUAUUUUCCCAGAUUCCAAAGACAGCGCAGUUCCUUUCUUUAAACAUAGGACAGAACAUUUAAGAACAGAUAUUCAAAACACCGCUCCUGCGGUUAACGUUACAAAAUCUCGGGACAAAGAAAGCUCUCAUUUAUUGUCUCUGCUGAUGGAUUUGCUUGAAAAUAACCAAUCUGAAAAUAACUGUUCCUUUGUUGCGUUUUGUUUUGUGUUUCCCUCUUGCCCCCUCAGGAGCAGCUUUCAGUGCUGGCUUGACCGGAGGAAUUAGCACAUCCAUAGCAGUAUUUUGUCAUGAGCUUCCCCAUGAAUUGGGUAAUCAGUUAAUCUGAUGUCAGCUGUGCAUGCUUCUGUGAUUGAAGAAUUUUUUUUCAUAUUAAAAGAUUUGAUUGUUUUCAUGGCCAAAAAUAUGCAGGGUAUAUCUGGCGAUGCAGCAAUAGCUGACACAGCUGCAUUUGUUUAUGUAGUUCUCCCUGGGAGGGGAAGGGGGUGCUGUGCGUUUCCUACCACCAUUUGGGGCCCCACAGGAUCAUCUAGUCCAUCCCCCUGCAACAUGGGAAUACGCAGCUCUCUCACACGGGAAUCGAACCUGCAAGCCUUGGUGUUAUCAGCACCAUGCUCAAACCAAUGAGCUUUCCAGGCACAUAUUAUUUAAGGUUCUGCAACUUGUGUGUCUUCUAGAGAAUUAUCAUAGAAAGGUCUGGAACAGAAAAGUAAAAAUCACACAUAGGCCCUAUGAACCAACCACUGCAUGUUCAGAGGUCUCCGGGUGACUAGUAGUAGCUGUCAGAAAUCUGCAGGCAAGAUCCACUUUUGCAGUCUUCUCAGAACUCCCAUUCUCUUGCUCACUUAUCCUGGCUUCUUUGAUUUGGUCCUGGGAGAAGCAAAGCACUGCUAGUGAGUGAGCAAGUCGUGCUAAGAGAGCUCAUUGGAAAGAGGUCUUUUAGCAAGUACCUAUAGGGGCGGGUCUUGCAGAUAGAUGUUGCUACAGGAACCUGGAGGCUUCUGAAUUUUGGCAGUUCAUAGGAUGCCACGUGAACCAGGCCAUCGGUGGUUGCUUAUGAUGUGGAAACAUGUUGUCAUUGAUGUGGAUGCAAGUACGCUCAGAGGCCUGUGGCUGGCAGUCUGCUGAAUUUGGGGGACUGAUGAUGCCUGUUAAAUGAAACUUGAGCAUUUGUUUCAUUACAGCUUAAAAGUGAUAUGCAGUCAUACCUUGGUUUUCGAGCAGCCUACUUCUCAAAUGUUUUGGCUCCCGAACGAUCGAAACCCAGAAGUGACUAUUCCGGUUUUCGAAAGUUAUUUUGGAAGCCAACCAUCCGACGGGGUUCCGCGGCUUCCGAUUGGCUGCAGGAGCUUCCUGCAGUCAAUCAGAAGCCCCGAUUUGGAAGUCGAACAGACUUCUAGAACGGAUUCCAUUCACCGUCCAAGGUAUGACUAUAUCCUCUUAUCAAUUCAUGUUAGCUGAGCCCAUCUCUUGUAGAGACACCUGUUUCCCUCUGCUUCUCGCUUAGAAUGACCCGGAGCAUGGGAGACUCCUGUCCAACCAUGUGCCUCGGGGACAGCAGCGCUCAUUAUCUCAUUUCAAAGUUUCUAUGUUCUCUGGCUGCUUUUCUUCCCCACUGCCAGUGAGCACUUCCACCCUGACUGCUUUAUUGAGGCUCUGUGCUCUAUUCCAUUCUCACUCCAAAGGCCUUACAGGAUUGCAAGAGGGGGGGUGAAUUGAUCAUGUCGCAGACUUAAAAGAAUGACGGCCAGCUUUGCCCCUUUGAAAUAAAACGGAUUUUAAAAAAUAGAAGAACGUCAGUAGCUCAGACCCACUUGUUUUUCAUCCAACUGUUUUGCCUGUACAGCAGGCAUCAAUAUUACACUUUUGCAUUUCUUUAAGCAAAGAUUCCUUGAACUUUUUUGUGAUCACAUUGCCAUUCUGUCUCUCUUUCUGUUUAGGGGACUUUGCUGUGCUUCUGAAAGCAGGCAUGACUGUGAAACAGGCCAUUGUUUACAACCUCCUCUCAGCCAUGAUGGCUUACGUAGGAAUGCUAAUAGGGACAGCUGUGGGACAGUAUGCAAAUAACAUCACCCUGUGGAUCUUCGCAGUCACCGCCGGCAUGUUCCUCUACGUGGCCCUGGUGGAUAUGGUAAGAGCCCAGGCUACAUGGCAUUGUGUGCAGACAUCACAGCUCUGCAAUAGCUUAAUGAAACUAAGCAAUCUAGGAAUAGUUGCUGCAUGGUGUGCUAGAGGCAGCCUGCAGUUGCUCCUUUUAGCCUGUGCCCUCCAGAUACUGCUCUCUGUGACUGUUGGCCAUGCUGGCUGGGGCGGAGGGGAGCUGGGCUCUGGGAAGGUGACACAGGUUCCCCCACUCUGCCCUGUAGUCCCCUCCCUUUUGAAUUAACUCCAACCACUGCCUAGGUCUCCUCCUUCUAUUAGGUCUGCAGUAGAGGAGCCACUUCAGCAGAGCUCUUUCCCGUGGAAGGUCCAAAACCUUAGGUUGCGUGGAGGAAACCACGCUGCUUCAGAGACUCCCAAGACAGAGGAGAUUGGGUGCCGUCAGGGGUAGAGCUGGGCAACAUAUUGGCAAAUGGCCUGAAACCGGUAUGGCGUUCAGAUCACAAUGCCGGUUUCAGACAUUUUGAGUUGGCAAUACAGUCGUACCUCGGAAGUUGAGCAGAAUCCGUUCCGGAAGUACGUUUGACUUCUGAAAUGUUUGAAAACCAAAUCGCAGCUUCAGAUUGGCUGCAGGAAGUUCCUGCAGCCAAUCGGAAGCCCCGUCAGACGUUUGGCUUCCAAAAAUAGUUUCUAAACCGGAACAGUCACUUCCGGGUUUGCGACGUUCGCGAACCAAAAUGUUUGAGAACUAAGCUGUUAGGAAACCAGGGUGCGACUAUACACACCACCAACUCAAGUUGCCUCCAAAGGUGCAGGCAGAUAGUCAGAGCCUGAGAAAGUUCAGGGCAAGUUCUGGCUUGGGCUCCAUCUGCCUGCCUGCGCCUUUGAAGAAGGCCAACCCUCCAGCACAUUUCAACUUCAGCAACAUGGGGGUCGCUCAGCAGAGGGGUGGGAGGCUUCAUGCCCUCCAGCUGAGCAGUUUAACAAACCCCUGAUGUCCCUCUGGCUCAUGCGAGCUGGAGAGGUAUUGGGGCUUGCUCACCUGGGUGGCAGGAGGCUUCACACGCCCACCCCCCAGCUGAUCAGUUUAAUGAAGCCCCUGCCAGCUGGAGUGGUAUGGGGCUCGGGCUGGGAGGAAGAAGAGUCAAUAUACAUUCCAGGCAUCAUGAUAUAUCAAGCAUGUCACGGUAUUUAGCUGCUGAUACAUUACAAUGUUGAAAACCAGAUAUCGCCCCCAGCCCUAGUGAGGGGAUGCUCUUGCAGGGCCCUGGGUGUUCACACAUUAUGCAAGGCACAACAACUCCUGUACUGCCAGCACAAUAUGAGUAGGACCUUUUGGAGUUUUGCAUGUAAGUAACUUUCCCCCGAUAGAAGAACCUGAAGAGGUGCGGUAGAAUUGACUGGUGCCUGUGUAAAACAGGCCAUAGGAUUGUACCUGUGCCCCCCCCCCAAAAGCAAAUUCCCUCUUACUCUCCCUUUACCUGUGGAGGAGGGGGAAGUCAUUGUAGGGAGAACGCAUGCAUACUUCCAUUAUGUCUGCACCAGCCUAGUAUGUGGCUCACAUGCUUUGAGGUUUGCAUUGCUGCUUUUGAAGUGUUGCGCUACGAAACAGGAAACAGUGGAACAGACCAUUAUGGUAUAGGCCAGAAAAUAAGUUGAUAGGGAAAGCUUUUGAAUGUAAUCCAUUCCAGAAGAUCGUUCGACUUCCAAAAUGUUCGAAAACCGAGGUGCAAAGGGCGGUCUGCUCAGCGGAAGCCGUUCGACUUCUGAGGCACGUUCAAAAACGGAAGCAUUUACUUCCGGGUUUUCGGCGUUUGAAAACCGAAAUGUUCGACUUUCGAGACAUUUGAAAACUGAGGUACCACUGUAUUCAAAAGCUGAUUUGUUGGUGACAUAAAUGCUCUGCUUGGUAGGAAUAAGACAAACCUCUUAACAGGUGCAAACCAUAAAAGGGGAUGGAAACAACUGGAAUUUUAAGGUGUCCUGUAACAAGGAGGUUUUAACAAGAUGAAGGGUUGGUGCAGACAUAACGGGGGGUGGGCCAUGAUUCAGCAUUUUCCAUAGCCAAGAUUCAGGAAGUCCCACUUCCUGCCUUAGAGAAGAAUAUACAAAACCAUGGUUCCAGCUAAUUGGGUCCUCCACUCUAAGCAGUUUAAACAACCCUUAGCUUAGGGAGGAAGCAGGAGCACAUAAUCUUCUGACCACCUCCGUCCCUCUAUCCUCAGAAAGUGGUCUGACUUUGACUUUAAAGAGCCAUACUUUUCCUUCCUUUCAGCUUCCAGAAAUGCUUCACGGGGACGGAGACGACGAAGAACACGGCUACUGUCCCGUGGGGCAGUUCAUCCUCCAGAAUUUAGGUCUUCUCAUGGGAUUUGCCAUUAUGUUGGUGAUUGCCCUUUACGAAGACAAAAUUGUGUUGGACAUCCAGUUUUGACCAUUUCCAGUACUCCGCUGUGGUUAGCGACGACGUUACUGUAUGGCUUCAAGUCUGCACUGUUGUACUGUAUGCACAUUCGUCCCCAGGCAAAGCAGUGGCACGAGCUGCUUCACAAGUAACAGUAUUCUGGUGUCUGCAUAAACAAGCUCCUGUUUUUUUAGCUCAAACAAACAGGCAAAAAACAAAAAAUGAUUGAAUGCAGCUCAGCUUCCCAAAGGUAAGAUGUAGACUUUUAAUUGGGCAGUGUUGGAAGCAGGAAACAUAAACGUCAUGCCCAGGAUGCUGUUAGCAAGUGUGUUGUUUUCCCAGUUUGCCACUGCAAUGUGCAGCAGAAGUCGGAUCCCUUGCUGACAAAAAGCCUUUCAGGUUAUACUUGAGCAAAUGUUGAAUAGCCAGUCCAAGAGUUACAUGUCAUUGUCAUUCUCUACAGCUGGCCCCUGGGCCUCGUUGCAACGUUUUGAGUUGGUUCCUCCCACCUCUCUCUCUCUCUCUCUCUCUCUCUCUCUCACACACACACACACACACACAGUCUGGCAAUGCAUGACUGGAGAGCAUUCUAGGUGGGGUGCGUUUAUUAAAAACAUCAUUUAAAAAAAACGACGUUUCAGGCAUGCUGUUCAGGGGUUGCCUUAGGGCAGUAUGAGCAGUGCACUGUUCCAUGACCCUUGCAUUUGCUCCAGGCCUAGUUUCCCAGUAAUGUCCGCUGUUUUGCACUGUGCUGAAUGGUUGGUGACCAAAGUGAAACCGUGUAUUCGUCUGGGUCAGGCACUUCUGUUUACUGGUCCUUGCCAAUCCCCUAGUCGGUACGAUGUCUCAAGAAGACGUUCUUGCUUGCAAUCGCUGCCAUGCACUCCCUUAGCCCAGCAAUGUUGUUUUGCGGCUCCUUUGGGAAAGAAGACUGCAAAUCCACAAGCCUGUCCCCUUGUAUGUCGGCCACAUAAUGCGGUACUUUUGACCUUUCGAAACCCAAGGAAGCAAAUCUCUGCAUUGGGAGCCUUGGGGGCUCUGUUUCCACAAUAGGGCUGAGUUGACAGGUGUUGGGUAUUUGAUUUUGGCUCAUAGGUAUUUGUUAGCAAAAAUGCUGAAUGGUUAAUGCUGCUUGUGGACUCUUUCUCGAACUUUUGCUGCAGUAGUGUACAGAAUGUGUAGCAGUGCUACUUGAAACCUGAACUACUGAGCUGUUUUUUGCUUUGAACAUCUCCCUCCCCUCCUCUUAAUGAUGCGCCUGCAUUGGAUUAUUUUCGGUCAUGGCAGCCAAAUUCUAUCUCUCAUUAUAACCUUCAAAAAAAUAAUAAUACGCGGAGCUGAGAAGUGCUGAUUCGAGGAUCACAGCCGUGGCCCUUUGAGGCAGUCUUGGUAACUGUUUACAUAAUUCCCCAGAACUCUUUUGAAUGUAUUCCUUUAAUGCCUUGCCACCUGAGCUCAGAAGCACCUGCUGAAAGUUGGGCAUCUUGCUCAGUGUGGGCCAACGUUCGGCAUAUGCUGUGCUGGCAUUGUUUUGAUUUUUGUUUGUUUUCGGCACCUUAGGUUAGGGGUGGGGCUGCUCCUGCGUUGCUGCUGCAACGUGGCUCUUUUCGUAAGGUGGGAACCCGAAAGGCCAGACCCAAUCGACUUCCUAUCACAGACACGCCACCGCCUUGAGAGCUAGAGGAAAGUUGAAUUUUGACCACUUCCACCACAGCUGUGGGAACUGCAGCGGGAGCCACUCUGCAGAAGUAACGUAAAGAGAUGCCCUUGUAGCAAAGCAGCUGUAUUGUUGACUUGGUGCUGCGUGCGGACCGAUUGGACAGGCUCAGCAAAAAAAAAAAAAAAAGCCUUAACCUGCAGAAAUCAGCUUUAAUAUUUGAUUGUUUAGUGCCAAGCAGCAUGUCUUGCCAGGUACAGAUUGGUCCGUCUCCUCCGAGCUCUGAUACUGGGCACUUGGGAGAUGUGGAAGUCCUUUUGUGUGACAAUAAUAUAGUCUUAACGGCCGUAACAAAACACGGCAGUUGUUGGGCUUUCUUACAGCAUGCUGCUCGGUCUUUGUUCAUCUUGGUCUCUCUCUAGAAGCAAAGCUGGACACAGCCUGACUUUUGGAGAGUGGGGAGUUUUUGUCCUUCUGCCCGAGUGGAGGAACUUGGUCGGCAAACUUUUAAUGGCCUUCAUUCCAAGUGAAAGUGCGCUUUUACUUUCUGACCCUUCCACUUAAUUUAUCCAGUCAUUCCUUUUCGUGUGACCACCGUUAACUACUUGGCUUCAUGUUGGGUGACUUUUGUCAAGCGGCUUUUCGUUUUUGUGUUAGCUGGGGGGAUAUCAAGAGUGUUGACUAGUUGGUGGUUCCAAACCAAAGGCUUGGAUCCCCGCGAGUCUGUUAGUGCAGAAAAUUCGUUUGGAUCAUUGGGCCUCUAGAACUUACAAGGGCCACAGCAUUGGGGGGCAUCUACACAGUGUUGUGGUUGUCCUCCUCCUCCUCCUCCCUGGAGAUUUGUAGUUGAGAAUGUCUGGCUGGGAGCCCAAGAGUGAGGCUGAUCCGUUGUAAUCAAUGGGAUUUUACACUCUUUUUUUCUCUCUGGCUCGGAACUUGGAUGUCAUUUUAAUUAAAACCUGCCAAGUUGAAAUAAAGGGUCGUGGCAUUGCUGAAGUGAGAUUUUAGUCAGGAAAAAUGGGAUAAGGGAGGGUUUUUAAGGUUUAUUUUUGUAAUUAUGAAUAAAGCUUUCUCUACUUCAGGUACAGCCUUUUCUUGAUUUUCGCUGGCAUGUGCUGUAGCGUAAUGUUGCCUACCUAGGGAAGCAAAAAAAUAAAUUAGUGCUCUGUAAUAGUAUUUUUGGGUUGGGUUUGCUUUUUUUUUUUUAAAGAGAAAACACGCAGGUCACGUGGAGAAGUGAUAGGAUUUGUAUUUUCCUUCAGAAUGGGAUGAUCCUCUGCAUUUGCUUAACAUGUGCAUGUUACCACUUUGUGAAGCAGCCAUGGCUUCUCCUGUUUUCCCCGAGUAUUGAAUUCCCAGGACAUUUUUGGAACGCGAAUGCUUUUAAAAGUCACAAUUGGGACAAUCGGGAUUCCGCUACAUUUCUACCUGGCUUCUCCAUUCCGUUCUGCUGGAGUCCAGUCUCAUUUAAACGUGUACUUGUUGGAGGACAUAAAUGUUACGUGUCUCUUACAAUGCUGUCACUGUGUGACAUCCCCAUGUUGAUCGCACUGCACUCAAACCAGCUGUGAUUAUUGCUUAGAAAAAAUGCUGUAGGUGUCCUAGGAUGCAGUGUGACAUUUUUUUAUUUCCUUAUAGUUGAAACAAUGUGAUUAUGGUCCUGAAAAAAAUACUGAGAUAUCAGCUACUCUUUUUUUUGGGGGGGGGUGUUUUUUGUUAUAACAAAAUCCAUUUUUAAAAAAAUAAUAAAUGCAAAGCUGGAAAUGAUGACAUGCUGUUUUUGUUUAUUGUCAACAGUGUUGUUGUGUUCAUCUUAUGUAUGUUCCUUAUUCAUAAGGAGCGUAAGAAAAUAAAAUUAUUGAACAAGC